UAGACGCGAUCAGUAGGCGGAGUCGGGGUGUGUGUGAAAGUGCGCGAGUGAUACAACAAUACACCGCUGCAUGGCGAUCUGACAAGGACUAAAUACCAUGGCCACGGCAAAAAUGAAGAUAGUUUUGCCUCUAGUCGUGUGGCUAUCGAUAUUAACCAAUUAUGUACAUGCACAAGGUGGUAUAGGUUUUGGAAUUAGGAAAGAAAUAUUCUUUUUAAAUUUAGAAGAUGGUUACUUCGGAUGCCAAGUGAAUGAGUCUACGGAUGUCCUGCAGCUGUACGAGAUCUCGAGGAUAUGUGAUGGGACUCCGGACUGCUACAGGGGAUCCGACGAGCUACGGAGGGAACUCAAAUGCACGAAUGACUGCCAUAAAAAGGAUGGGUUAAGAUGCCAGAACGGCGCUUGCCUCGACUCCCAGUGCCACUGUAACGACGGAUACGGUGGUUGCUCCUGCGAGGUGCCGGACGAAAACGAAUGUAAAAAUCGACCUUGCGACGUUUUCGCUCAUUGCACCAAUACGCUAGGCAGCUUCCAUUGUACCUGCUUCCCCGGCUACCAGGGGGAUGGAUUCUACUGUCAAGAUAUUGACGAAUGUAAAGAUCCUUCAAUAGCCGCAAGAUGUGUUGAAAAUGCCGAGUGUUGUAAUUUACCUGCUCAUUUCGUUUGUAAGUGUCUACCCGGUUUCGAAGGAGAUGGGGAGAUUGAGUGCAGAGAUAUUAAUGAAUGUGCUCAACCUAAUAUUUGUGGCCACAAUGCUGUUUGUCACAAUGUACCUGGAAAUUACACUUGCCACUGUUUGGAAGGUUAUCAUGGAAAUCCUUUUCUUGGAUGUGAAGAUGUGGAUGAAUGCUCAUACGAAGGUGCUUGUGGACCUGGAGCCUUGUGUACCAAUGUUCCCGGAGGUCACACUUGUGCUUGUCCUCUGGGCUACGAGGGAGAUCCGGUGGUCCAAGGGUGUGUGGAUGUCAACGAGUGUGCUAGAAACCCUUGCGGACGAAAUGCUCAAUGUUCUAAUCUGCCCGGAAGCUUCAAGUGCGACUGUCCCCCAGGAAGUAUAGGAGACCCUAUGCAUUCCUGCUCAGAUAUUAACGAGUGUGACUCGUCACCUUGCGGCAUCAACGCUGAGUGUGUCAACACCAACGGCAGCUACUCCUGCGUCUGUCCCCCGGGCCACACCGGCCGUGCGGAGACCGAGUGUGUGGAUGUCAAUGAGUGUGGACGAGCCAACGCAUGCGGUGUCAACGCAAAGUGCUUCAAUGUCCCUGGCUCGUUCAAAUGCUUAUGUCCUCAGGGGUUCAGUGGACAAGGCCAUACGUUUUGCCAAAAUAUCAAUGAAUGCAAACAAAAUCCGUGUGGCCCGAAUGCAGUGUGCACAGAUACUGUUGGAAGCUUCACAUGUUCCUGCAAGGAAGAUUACACUGGGGAUCCUUUCAAAGGAUGUAUUGACAUUGAUGAGUGUACUGCCUUGGAUCGGCCUUGUGGCACAAACGCCAAGUGUGAAAACGCUGUGCCUGGAUACAACUGUGCCUGUCCUCAGGGGUACUCGGCCAAGCCUGACCCGAAAAUUGCUUGUGAACAGGUGGAUGUGACAGUGUUAUGCAAGAGCAACUUUGACUGUGUCAACAACGCAGAGUGUGUGGAGGGUCAGUGUUUCUGUCAGUCAGGAUUCAAGGCGCAACGCUCUGUGUGUGUGGACUUGGACGAAUGUGGAGCCAAGCCUUGCGGACCUCACGCAACAUGUACCAACACGCCCGGUGGCUUCCAGUGCCACUGUGCACCAGGAUAUAUUGGGGCUCCCCCCACCAUGUCUUGUAAAGAACCAUGCAAAGAUGUUACAUGCGGUGAACACGCCUUCUGCAAGCCUGAUGGAAACGAGACGUACUGUAUUUGUGAGGACGGAUGGACUUUCAAUCCACUGGACAUUGCUGCUGGCUGUAUUGAUAUUGAUGAAUGUGACAAAAUCAAUGGACCAUUUGGCCGCUGUGGUGUAAAUGCAAUAUGUUCUAACACUCCUGGAGGCUUCAAUUGUCAGUGUAAGCCUGGGUUUUCUGGCAACGCCUUCAAACAAUGUUUUGACAUCAACGAGUGUUCCCGAGCAGACACAUGUGGUCCAGGUGCUGUAUGCACCAACUCUCCCGGAUCAUUCACCUGUCAAUGUCCUGACGGAACACUCCCAGAUCCCUCCCCGGAGGUGAGGUGUGUCACCAUCGUUACAUGCAAGACCAACACAGAUUGUCCUGGCAACGCUAUCUGUAACCCUGAGAACCGCUGCUACUGCCCUGACCCCAACAUCGGCAAUGAGUGCAGGCACCCAUGUGAGGGCGUGACCUGCGGCCCCAAUGCACAGUGUAUGCUCAUCAACAACCAAGCACAAUGUCUGUGUCGGGCUGGCUACACUGGUAAGAGCUCAGGCUGUGUGGAUGUCAAUGAGUGCCUCACCAACCCUUGUCCUGUUGGAGCUGUCUGCAACAAUGAGCCUGGCAGUUACUCCUGUCAGUGCCCUGGAGGAGCUGCUGGUGACCCGUACAAGGAUGGCUGCUCUCAGCUCAAGGUACCUGAGUCGUGUGGUCCACAGUUGCCUUGCUCUGACACGGAGGUUUGUGUGACGGAUGAAUACCUCCGCCAUAAUGUGUGUAUCUGUCAGAGCGGCUACAUCCGAGACACCAAAACAGGCAAAUGUAAGGACAUCAACGAGUGCAGCCCCAGCUAUGAGAAGCCUGCUUGUGGCCUCAACGCUGUGUGCAAGAACAUGCCUGGUAGCUACGAGUGUCAGUGUCCUCCAGGAUACAAUGGCAAUCCAUUUUCUCUUUGUGAAGAAUGCAACAGUGUGGAGUGCCAAUGCCAGCCACCGUACCACCUGGUGAGAGGGGAGUGUGUACUAGCUGACUGUUCCAAGGGCAAGUGUCCUCCAGGUGCUGAGUGUAUCACCAUAUCAGGGGGAGUCAGCUACUGUGCCUGUCCAAAGGGCUCUAGGCCUGCUGACGAUGGAACAUGCCAAGAUAUAGAUGAGUGUGUUGAGGCGGGUCACGGACAGGUGUGUGGUUAUGGAGCACAGUGCAUCAACCAGCCGCAAGGGUUCACUUGUGUGUGUCCACCUGGCUACAGUGGUGACCCGACACGGUUCUGCUCACCUGCACAGGUCAAAUGUGUCACACACAGUGACUGUGGAGCCAAUGAGCAAUGUGUGCAGCCCGGGGAGUGUGUGUGUCCUCCUCCCUACUUCACUGAUGCCACUGACGCUAACAAGUGUAAAAGCCCAUGUGAGAGGUACCCGUGUGGGAUGAACGCUCAGUGCUCUCCCACAGACCCACCACAAUGCCUGUGUCUACCUGGCUUCAAAGGAGACCCCCACCAUGGCUGUGUGGAUGUCAAUGAGUGUGCCAGCAACCCUUGUGCAUACGCUUCUCGCUGCAUCAACGAGAAGGGAGGCUUCAAAUGCAUCUGUCCCCAUGGCAUGACUGGAGACCCCUACAGAGGAGGAUGUAUUGGCACAAUAUCCCCGAAGGGGGAGUGUACAGUAGAUGAUGAGUGUGCUGGUCAGUUGGCUUGUGUCAACCACGAGUGUGUCAACCCGUGCAACACUCUACCAUGUGGUGUCAAUGCAUACUGUGAACCUGAGAACCAUGCUGCGUGGUGUCGCUGCUACCCAGGUUUCCACGAGAACCAGCACGGGGAGUGUGUGUCAAUGUGUGAAGGAGUGAUUUGUGGACGAGAUGCUCAGUGCAUCGUCACUACGUCAGGACCAACAUGUAAGUGUGUGGAAGGCUAUAGAGGCAACCCGUUCCCCGGAGGCUACUGUGCUCCGGACGUGUGCUCUGCUGCUACUCCAUGUGCUCCACCCUCCGUCUGUAUCGGAGGCAGGUGCAAGGAGCGUUGUGAGGGUGUGGUGUGCGGAGUCGGAGCUACCUGUGACCCUGACACUAACCAGUGUGUCUGUCUACCACUGUUUGUGGGCAACCCAGAUCUGCUGUGCAUGCAACCAUCACUGCCACCAGCAUGUACCCCCAUGUGUGGCAUCAACGCCCACUGUGAGUAUGGAGCCGUUAACCAAUGUGUGUGCAACCCCAGCACUUCAGGCAAUCCCUACAAGGAAUGUGGUCCGCAAGACAAGCGACCAGUAUCAUGUGACUCUGGAGUCUGUGCACCCGAGGCGUUGUGCAAGGAGAGUGCGACCGGUGUCGUCUGCUCUUGUCCUACUGGCUUCCGAGGCAACCCUCAUAUCAAGUGUGAAGAUGUGGAUGAAUGCGUUGGAAAUGCUUGUGGAAAUAACGCUGUAUGUAUCAACACGCCUGGCAGCUUUGAUUGUCGAUGUAUUGAUGGCUACGCAGGCAACCCCUUCACUGGUUGUCUACAACUUGUUCGUCAGCCUUGCUCAGACCCUCUCACUUGCACUUGCAGCAAUGACAGACCUUGUCCUUCUGGAUUCACUUGUAAGAGAGGUCAUUGCAAGAACCGUUGUGAUGGAGUGCGGUGCGGCCCAGGAGCUGCUUGUGUCAAUGGAAAGUGUGUUUGUCCUCCUGGUCUGUCAGGAAACCCCAACAACAUCCAGAGUGGCUGCAAGGUGGAAGGCCAGUGUAGCAAUGACUUUGACUGCAAGAGUGCUGAAAUUUGCUUUCAGUUUAGCAAAAACAUGCGUAAAUGUGUAGACGCGUGCAGCAAGUUACAGUGUGGGCUUAAUGCAUUGUGUGUUACUGAUCAACACAGAUCAUCUUGUAUCUGUGCUGACGGCUUCACAGGUGACCCAGGAGAUCUAACUAUCGGUUGUCAGCCAGAGAGAACUUUGACAGCAGCUGAAUGUUCCAAAGAUGAAGAUUGUAAAGCAGGAAUGAUCUGUGCUAUUGACACUAAUGGAGUUAAUGUUUGUGCUAAUCCAUGUGCUACCGUCGCUUGUGGUCAAAACGAAGUAUGUUCUCUCGAUAAUGAAAGCCAUCCGGUUUGUCAAUGCAAAGCCAGUUUUAAAUGGAACCCUGUCACAUCUUCUUGUGAGAAACCUUCAUUGCCGGAUUGCUCUACGAAUGAAGAUUGUUUGGAAACAGCACAAUGUAUACCAGAUCCUCUCGGUGUUUUAAAAUGUUCUGGAAUCUGCUUGGAAUUUACAUGCCCGAGUAAUGCAGUUUGUGUUGCCUUUAAUCACGCUGGACAUUGCCAAUGUUUGCCAGGGUUUACAGGCAACCCUAACGACAGAGAAGGAUGUAAAUUAGCCAUCAACAACCAGUGUAAUCAAGAUGGGCAGUGUCCUGAGACUGACACAUGCAGACUGGACUCACAAACUGGAACAUUAACAUGCCAGCCUGCUUGUGAUAAAGUCAACUGUGGACCCCAAGCUGUCUGUGUAGCCAAGAACCACGUGGCACAAUGUCAGUGUCCACCGGGCUUGUUCACUGGAGAUCCCAACACUUCAGGAUGUCAAGCAGUACCUUGUGUCUACAACAAGGAUUGCCCUUCUCAUCAACUCUGUAACCGACUCAGCCACACUUGCAUCGAUGUUUGUGAAGAGGAAUCAUGUGGAGCCAAUGCAGUUUGCAUACCUGAAGAUCACAAAUCAAUUUGUCAGUGUCCCAGCGGAUUCAAGGCCAAUCCGAUUCCAGAUGUAGAAUGUGUUCCUACUGAAGUUUGCAGUCCCAACCCUUGCCAUCCUACAGCACUUUGCGAAUCCACACCUUCUGUCGGGCAUACUUGUAAGUGUCCUCCAAAUCAUGUCGGCGAUCCAUUCACAGAAGGAUGUUGGCCUGAAGGGAACUGCCCGAACGGUAACAGAGAUUGCCCUGAUCAGUCUGUUUGUGUCGGAGGAAAGUGCAUGAACCCUUGUGACGGGGCAUGUGGUCCUAACACUCUGUGCAAUGUUAUCGACAGGAAACCUGUUUGUGAUUGUUUACCUAAGUUCACUCCUCUGACCAAGAAUGCAGCUGAAGGCUGUUUGAGGGAGUUGUUCAGCUGCACAUCAGAUAUCGAUUGCAACGGAGACAUUUGUAUCGAUGGUCAAUGCAAAGUUUUGUGUCGCAAGUCGGAAGAUUGUUCUGAAGGAGAGAGAUGUGUAGCCAACAAGUGUCAACUGCCCUGUGUGAGUCACUCACAGUGUCAGCCCACACAGGCUUGUGUCAACAGUGUGUGUGUGCUCGGCUGCCGCAGUAACAAGAAUUGCAAAUCCAGCCAUGCUUGCAUUCAAAACAAAUGCCAUGAUCCGUGCACUGCCCAAGGAGUGUGUGGUCCCAAUGCUGAAUGUUCUGUAGUCAACCAUGAGACCAGGUGUGGCUGUCCUGAAGGCUUCCAAGGAAACCCUUCUCCACAACAAGGGUGUGUUAGAGUUCCAGUCGGCUGUAGGAGCAAGGACCAGUGUGUGCGUGGCCAGCUGUGUGUGGAGCAUGUGUGUAAGCAUCCUUGUGGUUCCACUACUGACUGUGCCAGUGGUGAACGUUGUGACGCAGGUGUCUGUGUACAAGUAUGUUAUGGAGACAGCAACUGUUUGGCUGGAGAACUCUGUGUACAAGGCACGUGUAGGCCUGGCUGUGCUUCAGAUGCUGACUGUGAUGUCAAUCAUAUCUGUUUGGAAAACCAAUGCAGGUGUGGUGCAGGUUUCAAAAUGACAUCCCGAGGCUGCCAAGAUAUCAAUGAGUGCCAGCAGAAGCCCUGCCACAGGAGCGCUGUGUGCAACAACACGGUUGGCUCAUUCAAGUGUUCGUGUAAGCCAGGGACUGUUGGAGACCCUUACCUCGCCCCUGGCUGUGUCAGUCCUGAAGAGUGUUUGUCAGACGGUGAUUGUGCAGACUCCCUGUCCUGUGUGCAAGCCCAUUGCACAGACCCUUGCACUCUCACACAGUGUGCACAGACAGCUGUUUGCUCAGUACAAAACCAUCAUGCUUUGUGUUCUUGUCCUCCUAGUCACAUCGGCGAUCCCACCAAUAUUAAAGUCGGCUGCUUCAAGGUUGAAUGUGUGGAAGAUAAUGAAUGCCCUCUGGAAAAGUAUUGCGACCAAAAUAACAGAUGUUCAAAUCCUUGUGAUCUGGUGGACUGUGGUAGAGGCAGCUGCCUAGUGAACCAACACAAAGGUGUCUGCGCUUGUAACGAAGGCUACCAGUAUAUUGAUGGUACUUGUCAAGACAUUGACGAAUGUCUCAAUAGCCCAUGCCAUGAGACCGCCAUAUGUCGCAACGUGCCAGGGACGUUCCAAUGUGCCUGUCAGGAAGGUCUGGUUGGUGACCCAGUGACUAGUGGCUGUCGCAAGCCGGGUGACUGUGUCUCAGACUCUGACUGCCCCUCCAGUGCGGCUUGCAUCAACAGUAGGUGCCGCAAUCCCUGCGACACUCCCACAGCGUGCGGUAUCAACGCAGAGUGUAUGUCUGUCAACCAUAGUCCUCAGUGCCGCUGCCCCUCUCACACCAGAGGAGACGCCAAGGUGGAGUGUGUCAGAGUGGAGUGUGAGGAGAACUCAGAUUGUCCCAAGGCUCAUGUGUGUGUCUCCAACACGUGUCGUGACCCAUGUCAAGUGCCGGGUAUCUGUGGGCCACACGCAGAAUGUAAUGCAGGACCCGGGCAAGGGCAGACCACAUGUACCUGUGCUCCGGGACACACCGGUGACCCGGACCUGGGAUGUGUGCAGAUACAGUACUGCGCCGGUGACAAUCAGUGUCCAUCAGGAACCAGCUGUAGCAACGGCGUGUGUCUGUCACUGUGUACAACUACCAGAGAAUGUGUGGGUGACCAGAUGUGCAUAGAAGGAGUGUGCCAGCCGACAUGUAAGAGCAACAACACCUGUCCUGACCUGCAGUAUUGCCUCAAUGGUAUCUGUGUGCAAGAAGUACGAUGUCGUAGCAACACAGACUGUGAUCUCAGAGACGCUUGUCAACAAAACACUGUCGGACAGGCGGAGUGCAAGUCCGUAUGUGACGGAGCUCCAUGUGGUCGAAAUGCUGAGUGUACAGCAGUCAACCACCAGCCUAAGUGCACCUGCAAGCCAGGCUACCACGGCAACGCUCAGCUCGGCUGUCAGCGCAUCGAGUGUCGCACAAACAAUGACUGUUCCAAUGACAAACUCUGUGAGGACUACAUGUGCAAGAUAUCCUGUCUGGCUCACAACCCUUGUGGCCAGUACUCACUGUGCUCAGCGGAGAAUCAUAAACAGGUGUGCUACUGCCAGCCUGGAUACACUGGGGACCCUCAGCUAGGAUGUACUUUGGUAGAUUUCUGCUCCUCCUCACCAUGUGGGCCAGGUGCUCACUGUGACAACUCACGAGGCUCGUACAAGUGUCUGUGCCCCCUGGGUACUGUAGGUGACCCGUACAAGGACGGCUGUAAACCUCCAGCUGAGUGUGACACUGACCAGGACUGUCCUCCCACUACCUCCUGUGUCCAGGACAAUGGUGUGCCUAAGUGUAAAGAUGUGUGUGAGGGUGUGACAUGUGGACCUCACGCAGACUGUGUAGCCAAUGAUCACACAAGCUCAUGUCAGUGUGCGGCUGGAUACCAAGGCGAUGCUGGUGACUAUAACAUAGGCUGUCAACCAACACCAGUGCACUGUGACACCAGUAGUCAAUGUCCUCAGAACACCUACUGCUACCACCAGACAUGCAGACCUUGGUGCCAGUCAGACAGUGAGUGUGGCUUGACAGAGCAAUGUGUACAAGGCCAGUGUGUCAACCCUUGUGAGAGUCGAGGAAUUUGUGGCGUCAAUGCUGAGUGUCGUAUCUACAAUCAUGUCAAGCAGUGUAGUUGUCCUCCUGGCUUUACAGGCAAUCAUUCUGUGGAAUGUGUCAGAAUUCCAAUCUCUUGUUCGUCCACUGCUGAUUGUCCCGAAGACAGCCACUGUGAGAACAGCAUGUGUCGUCCUGUGUGUCAGGCUGAUAAUGAUUGUGCAUUUAAUGAAAAAUGUCUCCAAGGAAGCUGCAUAUUGACCUGUAGAGUUGACCAUGAUUGUUUCCUGGGCCACAUCUGUCUCCACAACAUGUGCAUCUUCGGUUGCCACUCUGAUGAAGAUUGUUCAGCCAGUGAGACCUGUAGGGACAACAGGUGUACCAACCCUUGUGCCUUCAACCCUUGUGGACCCAACUCUGUGUGUGCCAUCACCAACCAUAGGGCUACCUGCUCCUGUCGUCAGGGGCUUGUACCCAAUCCUUCUGCUCAGGUCGCUUGUGUCAGAGCUCCAGCACCUCCUUGUUCAGAGAAUCGUGACUGCGGAGACGGAUACUGGUGCCAGGAUGCAGUGUGUCGUCCAGUCUGUUCCUCUGCUGUCAACUGUCUGAGCCACGAGCAGUGUGACACAGUCACAGGCGUGUGUAAGCCUCUAUGUCGCAAAGAUGACGACUGUCGUAGUGGAGAGGUCUGUGAGAACCUCAUGUGUGCAGUCGGAUGUCGCAGCGACAACAGCUGCCCUCUGGACAAAGCUUGUGUCAACAGCAAAUGUAUAGAUUUAUGUGCUUCACCUACUGCGUGUGGAACCAAUGCUGCUUGUAUCAUGCAUAACCACCAGAAGCAAUGCACUUGUCCUCCGCCACUGUUGGGCAACGCAGACGUAGGCUGUCAUCACAUGAUCUCUCCCUGCGUGGACAACCAAGACUGUGAGGCUACUCAGUCCUGUUAUGCACUUACAUGCACCUCACGCUGCCAAACGGACUUCAACUGUCUGUCAGAUGAGCGCUGUGUGCAGGGAGUGUGUGUGAGGGUCUGCAACUCUGACGCCAAGUGUGGCAACCACCAGAUAUGUGAGGGAAGACUGUGCGUGCCAGGGUGUCGCAGUGACAACGCUUGUCCUGACACUCAAGCCUGCAUCAACAAGCAGUGCAGAGAUCCAUGCGACGGUGCCACAACUUGUGGGUCAUGCGCUUUGUGCCGAGUGGUCAACCAUGGAGUACAGUGUAGCUGCCCGACCGGUACCAUCGGCAACCCUCAGAUCACAUGUGUCAAGCGACCCAGUCGCUGCGACGGCAACUGUGCCUGUGAUGAGGCCACAGGCUUCUGUAGGGUGGCCUGUACGGCUAAUCGAGACUGUUCUUGUGGUGAAGUUUGCACCAGUGGUGUAUGUAGUAUGAAGUGCUCCACCAGCAUUGCAUGCCCGCAGGGUUUCAUCUGUGAAGACGGAGCGUGUCAGAGUGGUUGCCGCAUGGCCAGUGACUGUCCAAUGUCCAAGGCAUGUUUCUCUGGCCGCUGUGAAGACCCUUGCAACUCUACCAACCCUCCUUGUGGUACCAACGCGUUGUGUCGUGUAUCCGAACAUCGACCUGUUUGUUUGUGUCCAGAAGGCUUUCAGGGAGAGCCCAGUCGUUCUUGUAUCAAAGCUCUUUGCACCUCUAAUGAUGAUUGUGAACCAAGCCAACACUGUGGACCAGACGGUGCCUGUCGUAACCCGUGUCUGGAGGCUGGAGUGUGUGGAGCCAACGCUCAGUGUAAAGUGCUGGCCAAGCGACCCCACUGCUCAUGUCCUCCAGGAUUUGUAGGCAACCCGCAGGUCGAGUGCAAACAAGGAGGUGAGAGUUGUGCUAGGAGCCCUUGUGGAGAGAACACUCAGUGCCGUAACAUUGUCGGAGGAGUAGAGUGUUCGUGUCUCCCUGGAUGUACUGGUGACCCACACCAAGGCUGUGCGUGUCAUCGCACUAGUGGAACGACAUGUCAGGACUUGCGAUGUGGCAUCAAUGCCGCGUGCAGACUUCAAGACAACCUGCCUACCUGCUACUGCCCUACCAAGUACCCCCUCGGCGAUCCUCUCACCCAAUGUUCUGCACCGAUUUUGCCCAAAGACUGUCGCACUCGAGGAUGUGGCCAGUACGCCGAGUGUGUUGCCGCUGGUGACAGUUUUGUUUGUCAGUGUCCGAGUGGCAUGGUUGGUAACCCAGAAAUUGAGUGUAAUCCAGAGAGUGUUUGCGUCGCAGACUCAGACUGCCCCAAUGAGAAGGCUUGCAUCAAUAGACAGUGCCUGGACGUGUGUAGUGUGAGGGGGGUGUGUGGGGACAAUGCCCUGUGUCAGCCAGUAGAACACAAGCCGAGAUGUACGUGCCCCGAAUGUCACACCGGGUCACCAGAUAUUUCCUGCCAACUAGAUCCCAAGUGUGAUGCCAGAGUGACUGUCCCAAUACCGUGUUCAUCUGAUUCAGACUGUCCCUCCACUAUGGCCUGCUUCUCUGGCAACUGCAGAAAUCCUUGCUUCAUGGCAGCUCUAAAGUGUGAUAUCAACAAGAAAUGUGAAGUCAGACUUCAUAAACCGAUGUGUGUUUGUAAGUACGGAUUCUCUGUCAGUGAAACGGGUGAACUCAGUUGUGCUCCUGACAUUUUAGAAUGCAGCUUCGAUGAUCAGUGCGCUUCAAAUCUAGCUUGUAUCAAGAGGAAAUGUGUGAGCCCUUGUACGUCCCAGUCUUGUCCUGUAGAGAAGACUUGUGAAGUGGUCAACCAUAGGCCUGUGUGUCUGUGCACCAAAGACUGCAACCCCAUACUGUCCAUCUGCCUCAGGGACAACGGCUGCCCCCCACAACACACUUGUUCCAAUUUCCGAUGUGUCGACCCCUGCUUGAACAUUACCUGCCCACAAGAUGCCCCUUGUUUUGUUGAAGAUCACAAGCCUGUCUGCAAGUUCUGUCCGUCCGGAUUUACUUCAGAUCCAAAAUAUGGAUGUUUGAAAGCGCUUGGCUGUGUCUCCAAUGAUGAAUGCUCACACCAACAAUCAUGUAUUAAUGGAGCUUGUCAGAACCCUUGUCACGUGACAAACCCUUGCAGUCCUCACCACACAUGUCAAGUAGACCACCAUAACACUGUCUGUGUCAAAGUAUGUGAAUGUCAACACUCAUCAGACUGUAGACCUAGUUUCCGAUGUGAUGGUUGUGCUUGCAUCGCAGAUUCAAUUGUUGAACCCACAUGCAACUGUGGACCUGGAAUACCUUGUGACCCCAUUACAGGAGCUUGUUUAGGGCCAACACAAGAAGCUGGCAGCACGUUCCCUCCUUCUGCUGAGACAACUACGCUUUCAGUCGACUCUUUCACGUCUUCUUUAACUGAUACUGACGAGAGUCUUUCAACAAGCUCUAUAGAUGAAGGUGAAAAUGAAACUACACAACAACCUGAUUUCAUUGAAACCACUACUUCAGCUUUUCGUGAAAAUCCUAAAACAAAAUACAUUGAUACUGUACCCUUGAUUUCUGAAACUACAAUUUGGCCAAAUAAUGAUGAUGAACUUACAACCAAAUUUCCUCCACCCGUUCAGCCACAGGUGAAAGCUCCCGACUUUAUUCCUACAGUUACUCAAAAAACUACUGUUGUUGCUCAGCCAGAAACAACAUCUUAUACGGAUCUUACAACUAUGCGGACUGGUACAGAGGAAUCUCCUACCAAUGAAUAUUCGGAGGGAACAACAUUGAAUAUUUUGAGUAUCACACUUCCUAGUGAAGAAUCAUCUGAUCAAACAACACUCAGGCUUAAAGACGAGUCAGAUAUAACAGCAAUAGAAUCCGAAACAACCACAAGCAGUCCUACAUCUUUUACUUCCAUUAAUGAACUUGAUAACCAAUUUGAUAUUACUUCACGUUUUGAAUCAGUAUUUGAUGGUCUUGAAGUAGUUACUAAAACAGAAGACCAGACAACAGUCAGUGUGCCAAGCACUGCUCCAGAGGCUCCAAGAGUAAGCGGAGUGUCUGCAAAAAUGCCAAAGAAUGGAGUUGAACCUGUCAUACUUGGGAAUGAGGACCCAGUUACAAAAAAGAAUGUCCUUGAAUUAGUUACCAGUACAGAAAUGUUUAACACGAUUACUGAAGUAGGAAUGAAUACUAAUAAUAAGCCUGAAUCACAAGAUUCUAAAACUCAGUCAGUUCCUGUUUCAGAAAGUAUUGUCACUACCAAAAGUACGCUAAUAGUUUUACCUGGAAUGGAAAUCACAUCUGAUGUUGAGUUUUCAACUGAUAAGCCCCUUAAAACAGCUUCUGAAACCACCGAAAGAAAACAAGAACAAGAAACUCAAUUUCCUGAUACAGAUUCUAACCAACCAACAACUGAAUUUAGUGUUCAAACUUUCCAGCCUUCAAUAUUUAGUUUGUAUGAUAGCACUAGUCAGAAUGUUCAAUUUGAGACUGAUUCCACAACUUUUAAAUCAGUAAUUAAAAGUAGUGAAGUGGCUCAAUCUGCCUUUCCUAUUGAUACAGCUACCACAAAGACUGACUUUAUAAUUAGUGAUUUAGAAACACAAGAAGAAGAAAAGGAAAGGCCCUUUUUUACCACUAAAAAAACACCAAUAGAAGAAACCACAUCCAACCCACUUAUUUUAAAUGAAGGAGGCACAGAGAAAGUCACUACCCAAAGUCUAGAACAUGAUGAGACUGAAAGCACAGAGGAACCAAAAUUUACAGGAGACAAAGAAAUAGAAACUGACAAUAAUAUUCAGAUCACUACUAUGAGAAGUAUUGCACCUGAAAUAACUAGUUUCCCUGAAAUAUCAACUGAAUCUCAACAAAAUAUCACAAAUUUUAAGGGAGGAGAAGAAACAAUAAGCAUUACUCCAUCUUCAGGUGAAACAACAGUCGAUUCUUUGUCAGAAAUAACAAAAAAAUCACAGGAAUCAUCAGUUAUGGGAAUGCAAACUGUAAUUAAAGGAUCAGAAACUACUACAUUUGCAGACAUAGAACAAGUUACAUCUGAUGUGACACAAGACGUAACAAUUGAAAUGUUUCAGGAAAUGACAACUAUUUUAUCUAGUAAAAAACCUGAUAAACUACUGCCGGAAAUAACAACUUCAGAAAUAUUUUCAGAAACUAAAUCAGGAAUCACACAAGAAACAACAGAAGAUCUGCUAAUGACUACGAUUACUUCACCAGAAACAUCAACCGUCACAUUUCAAGAAACCACAUCAAGUUUUCUGUUGGAGAAAACUUCAUUUCCAAAAAAAGAAUUUAGUACCAUUCUUACUGAAGACAAAACUAUUGAUAAUCAACUAGAGACAACAACAUCAACAAAUCAAGAAGAAGAAAAUACAAUUUUCUCACAAAUCCCACAAUUUGAUUUGUCGCCUGAAACAACUACUGCUAACUCACCUGAUAUAAGUGUUUUGUCAACAGAAACAGCACUUGGACAGCUAUCAGAUACAACAUCUCCGAGCCCAACUCAAAUCACAAUUAUUUCUGAAGAAACAUCAUCACCAAGUUUAUCAGAUACAACAACAAACCAAAUUUCAAUUGAAGAUACCACUAUCAAAGUCUCAGAAACUACAAUGUCAGAAAAUAUGACAGAAACUGCAAGUUUUUCACAAACAACGGCUGUAUCUUUCGAGAAAACUACUGGAAAAAUGUCUGAAACAACAGGUAUUUUUGAAAAGACAACCAUUGCAAUGUUCCCAGGUAUAGUGACUUCUAAAGAUCUUCUAGACACUACAACAUCAGAUUUUGAUUUAAUGGAUGCAACACCUAAAUCAACCACAUUAAAAGAUACAUUUGAAACAACAGUUGGUAGCUUGCCUGAAACAACAUUGAUGCAAACAACAGAAGGAACAAUCAAAAAUUUAUCAAAUGAAACAAGUGAAUGGCUAGAGAUAACAACCAGCCAAGUAGACACUAAAACUUUGUCUAUACUUUCUGAAACAGAAAGAGAGUCAUUUGAAACCACAACUUUUAAGGUUGAGGUUGAAACAAAUCAAUCUGGUGAGAAUGAAUUCCAAACUACCACUACAAGAGGUAAUGAUCUAACAACUACUAUCAGCUCUAUCUCCCAAACAACCACACUAAAGUCAGAGCUUGAAACAACAACAGAUUUUACAGAUGAAACCACUUUUUCUGAUGUACCAGAUAGUACUGAAUCCACAACAUUAUCAUUUGGAGAAACUACCUCAACCGAAUCCAACAUUUUAGGGACAACACUAAUAUCAAUGACUGAAACUGUAAAUCAGGAAACCGUUACUGGCCUAGGUGAACUUUCAACUAACACACCCACUCAACUUACAAAGACAUUAGGCACCACACUUGAACACUCUAGACACUGUAACAGCGACUCGGAUUGUUCUGAGGGGGAGACGUGCAGACUUGGCAAGUGCGAGCGCUCCACCGUCAGUUUGGUAACUCCUACUACCUGUCCACCUGGCACCACUGGCAGAUACCCCCAGUGUCUUCGAGUGACUGGAGGAAGCGCGAAACGUCCUCGUCCCUGCGAGUGGGACUCUGAGUGUCUGGACACAGAGGCUUGUUAUAACGGAGUGUGUGAAGACUUGUGCGGGUUGGCUAACCUGUGUGCUCCGACCGCCAAGUGUCACGUCGUCAAACACAGACCUGUCUGCACUUGUCCACCGGGAUACCAGGGGAAUCCCGCACUAAAAUGCUUCUUGCCACAGCCAUUGGUGUGUCACGCCAAUGAGGAGUGUGCAGUAACAGAAGCGUGCAUCAGUGGUGUGUGUCAACCUCCCUGCAGCGUGCACAAUCCGUGUGCACAACACGCUGUCUGCAUCAACACCAACCACGGCAGUGAGUGCAGCUGUGCUGAGGGCUUCCACGGCAAUGGCUUGGUCGGAUGUUUGCCAGUGGGAGACUCACGCAGACCUGUGUGUCAGUACAAUGAAGAUUGUCCACCAGACAAGUUGUGUGACCGUCUCAACAGAGUCUGCAUCAACCCAUGCCAAGAAGACUCCUGUGGAGACAACGCAGAGUGUGUGCCAACCAAUCAUGGAAUAUCCUGCUCUUGUCUGCCCGGCACUCAGGGCAAUGCUUACAUCGAGUGUAGCCCAGUGACAGGAUGCAAGAGUAACAGAGAAUGUCCAAAGAAUGAAGCGUGUAUCAACGGUAACUGUGCCAACCCUUGCCGCUGCGGUCCCAACGCUGUGUGUGAGGUCAACAACCACAGACCUUCCUGCAAAUGUCCACCAGGCUAUUCUGGCAACCCUCUCUCAGGCUGCACAGCUCCUCAAAAUCCAUGUGAUCCAAAUCCGUGCGGGUUCAAUGCUCUUUGUGAGAUUGAUAAUGGAAAUCCGAUCUGCUUCUGCCCAAAAGGAAUGACUGGAAAUCCAUUUAAGAAUUGCAUACCAGAAGGAGAUGAAUGUACGCCCAACCCUUGUGGACCCAACUCAGGAUGUAGAGUUGUCCACGGUGGACCUCAGUGCUUUUGUCUGCCAGAGUUUGAAGGAAACCCUCCACAGAAAGCCUGCACGCUGCCAAGUCAUCCUUGUGAACCUUCACCUUGUGGGCCCAACACUCAGUGUGCUAUCUUGUCCAAUGGUUUUGCCAAGUGCACCUGCCUCCCCGGCUAUGUAGAGAGCCCUAACACCAUCCGAGGAUGUGUAGAGAAGAGGAAUCCUUGUCAACCCAGUCCCUGUGGGCCUGGAGCCAUCUGUGAUCCCAACCGGCAACCUUCCUGCUUCUGCCCCGAACCACUUGUCGGGAACCCUUUCAAACAUUGUGUUCAACCAGUAAAGUCGCUGUGUCAGCCAGGACCAUGCGGGCCGAAUGCCGAUUGUUAUGUGACUGGCAACACUGAACAGUGCUACUGUCGACCAGGCUACAUCGGAGACGCCUAUUCUGGCUGUCACUUACCACCUGCGAGUCCCUGCACACCCAACCCUUGCGGACCUUUGGCCCUCUGCAGCGUCACCAAUGAUGGUCACCCGAUGUGUGUGUGUCCGGACGGCAUGGAAGGAGACCCUACAGCAGGGUGUGGAGGACCAGAGUGCAGGAUAGAUGAUGAGUGUCCACUGCACCUGGCUUGCAUGGGCUACAGAUGUCGUGACCCGUGCCCAGGCUCCUGUGGUGUGGGUUCUGUGUGUCGUGUAGAGAAACAUCAUCCAGUGUGUACUUGCACUCACGGCCUCACUGGCAACCCUCUUGUUAGAUGCUACCCCAUACCUGAAGAUGUUCCUGAGAGAAACCCGUGCUACCCCUCUCCUUGUGGCCUCAACACUUUGUGUCAGGUGCUGGGAGGGCGAGCUGUGUGCUCGUGUCUGCCAGACACUGUAGGAGACCCUCACCACGGCUGUCGUCCAGAGUGUGUUAUCAACAGUGACUGUGCACCAAACCAAGCAUGUGUCAACCAACACUGUGUCAACCCGUGCUCCCUGGGUAACAUAUGUGGACUUGGUGCCAUCUGUUCUUGCAAAGAUCACACUGCAAGCUGCAGUUGUCUAGAGGGAUUCACUGGCGAUCCAUUCGUACAAUGCAUACCCAUACAGCCCGUUAUAGUGGUAGGAACCAACACCAGUUUACCGUGCCACCCAUCACCAUGUGACCCGCACGCUACAUGUAACGUCUAUGGGCCGAUGGUGGCCAUGUGUGACCCAUGUGGCAGGCCAGGCUCCCACUAUGACCCGGCCUGUUACCCGGAGUGUUUGACCAAUGCAGACUGUCCGUUUGACAAGGCUUGUCUGGGUCAGAGCUGUCGGGACCCAUGUCCUGGAUCUUGUGGAGUCAACGCUCAAUGUUCUGUCUACCACCACAACCCAAUAUGUUCCUGUCCUCACCCACUUGUCGGCAACCCUUUUGAACACUGUGUGCCGCCUCCUCCAGACGCCGUGGACCUGCCCAACUCUUGCUCCCGUACAAGGUGUGGACCAAAUGCCCAAUGCCAUGAAAGCUAUAGCAUGGUGACGUGCAAGUGUCUCCCAGGAACAUUUGGUAACCCCUACGUUGGAUGUCGUCCUGAGUGUGUACUCAACUGUGACUGUCCCACUGAGCAAGCGUGUGUCAACAACCAUUGUGUGAACCCGUGUCAAGGCGCUUGUGGCAUCGGAUCUCACUGUCAGGUCGUCAAUCACGUCCCUGUCUGCUACUGUCCUCAAGACCACACUGGUGAUCCAUUUGUUUCCUGCUACCCAUUCAGACCAGAAUACCCGACUAUUAGUGACAUGGGACAUCCUGGUAACCCGUGUGACCCAUCACCCUGUGGUCCUAACUCUCGGUGCCUCAUCACACCUGUGGGUGCCGCCGCAUGUUCCUGUCUGCCAGGGUACCGUGGAGUGCCACCAGUGUGCAAGCCCGAGUGUGUGGUCAGCUCCGAGUGUGCUCAGACCCAAGCCUGUAUCAACCACAAGUGUGUGGACCCUUGUCCUGGAACAUGUGGACUCAAUGCCAGAUGUGUUGUGGUCAAUCACAAUCCCAUCUGCAGCUGUCCUGUUGGAUUCAUUGGCAAUCCCUUCACCAGUUGUCAACUUGCACCCGUUGAUGAAGAGCCUAAAGUGCCGGGAGGAGGUAACCCUUGUCAGCCAUCUCCUUGUGGUCCCAACUCUAUCUGCCAAGUAAAGCAAGGACGACCAGUGUGUUCAUGCAGUGCUAACUACAUUGGCACUCCGCCCUACUGUCGUCCAGAGUGUGUUAUGAGUCAGGAGUGUCCUUACAACAAGGCGUGUAUACAAGAGAAGUGCCGCAACCCUUGCAAACAAAGCUGUGGUCUCAACGCCAAGUGUGACGUUGUCAAUCACACACCCUUCUGCAGCUGUCUCCUGGGCUACCAAGGAGACGCUUUCAUAGGAUGUUCCAAAAUACCAGCAGAACGACCAGUGCCAACAGACCCUUGCUCCCCGUCACCGUGUGGAGAGAACGCUCAGUGUUCAGUGAGUCCCGAUGGGAUGGCUAGAUGCACAUGCAUCCCUCCCUACCAGGGUAACCCGUACACAGGGGGAUGCAGACCGGAGUGUGUCAUCAGCGCAGACUGUCCCUCACACCUGGCUUGUUUAGUUAGCCACUGUAGAGACCCGUGUCCAGGGCUGUGUGGCAUCAACGCACAGUGCUCUGUAGUCAACCACAUUGCUGUCUGCUCAUGCAUGCCCGGAUAUACUGGAGACCCUUUCAAGUCCUGCCGUCAAGAAGUUAUACCAGUGGCACCGCCCCGCAAUCCAUGUGAUCCGAGUCCGUGUGGUCCAAACAGUCAAUGCCGAGUGUUGAAUGGUAAUGCAGCGUGUACUUGUGUCACUGGAUACACCGGCAGCCCACCCAACUGUCGGCCCGAGUGUGUCGCUAGCUCCGAGUGUCCUCAGACUAGAGCCUGUAUCAACCAGAAGUGCAAGGAUCCCUGUCCCGGCACUUGCGGGCUACAUGCCAGGUGUCAGGUGGUCAACCACAACCCAAUAUGCAGCUGUCCACCAAAGAUGGUUGGGGAUCCGUUUGUCAGAUGCGUGGAAGAUUCUCCCAAAGUACCAACGCUGCCCAUCAACCCUUGUAUGCCGUCACCCUGUGGCUCCAACGCAGAGUGCCGGGUUGUGGACAAGCGACCUGUAUGCUCAUGUCUGACAGGAAUGCUUGGGGCUCCUCCCAAUUGCAGACCCGAGUGUGUUAUCCAUGCAGACUGCCCGACCAAGUUAGCCUGUGUACAGAACAAGUGCCGUGAUCCAUGCGCAGGAUCUUGUGGUUUCAACGCACAGUGUACAGUCGUCAAUCAUCAACCUGUCUGCGCUUGCAAUCCUGGAUUCCAAGGAGAUCCGUUUUCAGGCUGUAACCCGACUCCAGAAGUGACCCUACAGACCCCGAGAGACCCCUGCCACCCUACUCCAUGUGGGGCCAAUGCGGUAUGCAAGAACCGUCACGGAGUGGGGUCUUGUACCUGCUCCCCAGGCUACUUCGGAGACCCCAAUGUGGGAUGUAGGCCCGAGUGUGUGCUCAACUCUGACUGUCCGUGGGACAGGGCUUGUAUCAACAACAAGUGUAGAGACCCUUGUCCCGGAGCUUGUGGCCUUAACACCGAGUGUCACGUCAGUCAUCACACGCCUGUCUGCUUCUGUCGUCACGGGCACACUGGGGACCCUUUGUCUUCCUGUAGACCCAUAGUUAUAGAAUACUUGCCUCCUAUGGUGACCAACCCUUGUAUCCCGUCGCCCUGUGGGCCGUACAGCAUGUGUAGACCAAUCAACGACUACGCCAUCUGCACGUGCCAGCCCGGUUACUAUGGCAGCGCACCUCACUGUAGGCCUGAGUGUGUGGUCAGUGCCGAUUGUCCCCAGGACAAGGCCUGUGUGGCUCAGUCCUGCAUUGACCCAUGUCCUGGUACCUGUGGGGUGGCAGCCAAAUGUCAAGUCAUCAACCACAACGCCAUCUGCAGCUGCCCUGCUGGCUUGGUUGGCGACCCAUUUUUGCAUUGCUUUAAAGAAGAAAAAACACCACAGAUUGAGAGCAGAGAGCCUUGUGUGCCUUCGCCCUGUGGGCCCAACUCCGUCUGUCGCUCUGUAGGGGACACCCCUGUGUGCUCGUGUCUGGCCAACUACAUAGGUCGUCCACCAAACUGUAGGCCCGAGUGUACCAUCAAUGCAGAAUGUCCUGGCCAUCUUGCUUGUCAGAAUGAGAAAUGCAAAGACCCGUGUCCUGGCUCUUGUGGCCUCCACACCCAUUGUGUUGUCAUCAAGCACUCCCCUGUCUGCUCGUGUGUAGAUGGGUAUACUGGCGAUCCAUUCUAUGGAUGUUCUAUUGUGCAACAAGCCCCAACACCAGAAGCACCUCGCAAUCCAUGUAACCCGUCGCCAUGUGGUGCCAACGCAGUAUGCAGAGAGCGUAAUGGUGCAGGAGCAUGUGCUUGUCUGCCAGAUUACUCGGGUGACCCGUACACGGGUUGUAGGCCAGAAUGUGUUCUCAACUCGGAUUGUCCCCGCAGUCGAGCGUGUGCCAACAAUAAAUGUGUAGACCCGUGUCCCGGCAUGUGUGGACAGAAUGCUGAGUGUAGAGUCAUCAAUCAUGCUCCCUCAUGUUCAUGUUUGCCCAGCUUCACUGGGAAUCCUCUUACUGCAUGUCAACAACCUCCCCCUCCACCACCGACCUCGAUGCCCAAGAACCCCUGUGUACCCUCCCCUUGCGGCCAGUAUAGCAUGUGCAGAGCAGUCCGUGGUCACGCUGUGUGUUCAUGUCAGCCUAACUAUAUCGGAUCUCCACCUUCGUGUAGACCAGAGUGUAUGGUCAGUGCCGACUGUGCUCAGGACAGAGCCUGUAUCAACCAGAAGUGUGCCGACCCUUGUCCUGGCACUUGUGGGCUCAAUGCCAGGUGCCAAGUGGUCAAUCACAACCCCAUCUGCAGCUGUGCUCCUGGUUUUACUGGCGAUCCUUUUGUUAGAUGUGUUCAACAGAAGGCCCCUAUGCCCACACCUACACCGAGCAGUAACCCUUGCAUGCCUUCGCCCUGCGGCCCCAACUCCGAGUGUCGAGUGGUGGCAAGUAACCCGGCAUGCUCGUGCAUGGCCAACUAUGUCGGUCGCCCACCAAACUGUCGCCCCGAGUGCACCAUCAAUGCCGAGUGUCCUGGUAACCGAGCGUGUCAGUCAGAGCGCUGUCAAGAUCCCUGUCCUGGCUCGUGUGGCCCCCAGACCUCCUGCACUGUUGUCAAACACGCUCCCCAAUGUGCCUGUCAGCCGGGAUACACUGGUGACCCGUUUGCUGGAUGUGUUUUAGUGCAGCAAAUAACUCCGACAGAAGGGCCACGAGACCCUUGCAAUCCCUCGCCUUGUGGAGCCAACGCAGUGUGUAAGGAGCGCAAUGGUGCUGGGUCGUGUGUUUGUCUACCUGAAUAUUUUGGAGAUCCGUACACUGGGUGUAGACCUGAGUGUGUCAUCAACUCUGACUGUGAUCGUAGCAAGGCUUGUGUCAACAACAAGUGUCGAGACCCUUGUCCUGGCACUUGUGGUCUCAACGCAGAGUGUCGUGUCAUCAACCAUGCCCCGUCUUGCUCUUGCUUGCCAGGGUUUACUGGAGAUGCAUUGAGUGCAUGCCGGCAACCACCUCCUCCUCCUCCUUCACCUUCUAAGCCAAAGAACCCAUGUGUGCCAUCUCCAUGUGGGCAGUACAGUCAGUGCCGUCCUGUCAACGGUCACGCUGUGUGUUCAUGUCAGUCUAACUAUAUCGGAUCUCCACCUUCGUGUAGACCAGAGUGUAUGGUCAGUGCCGACUGUGCUCAGGACAGAGCCUGUAUCAACCAGAAGUGUGCCGACCCUUGUCCUGGCACUUGUGGGCUCAAUGCCAGGUGCCAAGUGGUCAAUCACAACCCCAUCUGCAGCUGUGCUCCUGGUUUUACUGGCGAUCCUUUUGUUAGAUGUUUAAAAGAGGUACCAACACCUCCAAGAACUCCUGAUAACCCUUGUGUGCCAUCACCAUGUGGACCCAACUCUCAGUGCCGUGUGGUUGCCAACAAUCCCGCAUGUUCUUGCCUCCCCAACUAUGUGGGUCGCCCCCCCAACUGCCGCCCGGAGUGUACAAUCAAUGCCGAAUGUCCAGGCAACUUGGCUUGUCAGAAUGAGAGGUGUCGCGACCCUUGUCCAGGAUCUUGUGGGACCAGGGCAACUUGUGUUGUUGUCAAUCACGCUCCGCAAUGCUCCUGUGAACCGGGAUUCACUGGAGACCCGUUUGCUGGCUGCACACAAAUACAACAAAUUCCUCCGACAGAAGGGCCACGAGACCCUUGCAAUCCCUCGCCUUGUGGAGCCAACGCAGUGUGUAAGGAGCGCAAUGGUGCCGGGUCGUGUGUUUGUCUACCUGAAUAUUUUGGAGAUCCGUACACUGGGUGUAGACCUGAGUGUGUCAUCAACUCUGACUGUGAUCGUAGCAAGGCUUGUGUCAACAACAAGUGUCGAGACCCCUGUCCUGGCACUUGUGGUCUCAACGCAGAGUGUCGUGUCAUCAACCAUGCCCCGUCUUGCUCUUGCUUGCCAGGGUUUACUGGAGACCCAUUAAGUGCAUGCCACCAACCACCUCCAAUGCCUGAAGUAGUUCAGAACCCUUGUGAACCAUCGCCAUGUGGGACGUAUAGUCAGUGUCGAGUAGUCAAUAGUCACGCUGUGUGUUCAUGUCAAGCCAACUAUGUGGGAACUCCCCCAGCUUGUAGACCAGAGUGUAUGGUCAGUGCCGACUGUGCUCAGGACAGAGCCUGUAUCAACCAGAAGUGUGCCGACCCUUGUCCUGGCACUUGUGGGCUCAAUGCCAGGUGCCAAGUGGUCAAUCACAACCCCAUCUGCAGCUGUGCUCCUGGUUUUACUGGCGACCCUUUUGCUCAGUGUGUUAGGGAUCAACAACCAUCCACCCCUGCUCCACCCAGUGGUGACCCUUGUGUGCCAUCACCAUGUGGACCCAACUCUCAGUGCCGUGUGGUUGCCAACAAUCCCGCAUGUUCUUGCCUCCCCAACUAUGUGGGUCGCCCCCCCAACUGCCGCCCGGAGUGUACAAUCAAUGCCGAAUGUCCAGGCAACUUGGCUUGUCAGAAUGAGAGGUGUCGCGACCCUUGUCCAGGAUCUUGUGGGACCAGGGCAACUUGUGUUGUUGUCAAUCACGCUCCGCAAUGCUCCUGUGAACCGGGAUUCACUGGAGACCCGUUUGCUGGCUGCACACAAAUACAACAAAUUCCUCCGACAGAAGGGCCACGAGACCCUUGCAAUCCCUCGCCUUGUGGAGCCAACGCAGUGUGUAAGGAGCGCAAUGGUGCCGGGUCGUGUGUUUGUCUACCUGAAUAUUUUGGAGAUCCGUACACUGGGUGUAGACCUGAGUGUGUCAUCAACUCUGACUGUGAUCGUAGCAAGGCUUGUGUCAACAACAAGUGUCGAGACCCCUGUCCUGGCACUUGUGGUCUCAACGCAGAGUGUCGUGUCAUCAACCAUGCCCCGUCUUGCUCUUGCUUGCCUGGCUAUUCUGGAGACCCACUCACAAAUUGUGUCCUUACACCAACACCCACUCAACCUACUCCCACAAACCCUUGCCAACCGUCCCCGUGUGGCCCCAACAGCCAAUGCCGAGAGGUCAAUGGUCAUGCAGUUUGUUCCUGCUUGGCUGGGUUCAUCGGCACUCCACCUUCAUGUCGACCUGAGUGCAUGGUGAGCUCUGACUGUGCUCAGGACAGAGCCUGUAUCAACCAGAAGUGUGCCGACCCUUGUCCUGGCACUUGUGGGCUCAAUGCCAGGUGCCAAGUGGUCAAUCACAACCCCAUCUGCAGCUGUCCCCCAGGAUUCUCAGGAGAUCCCUUUAUCCGUUGUUUACAACAAGAAAUUUCCACCACGCCUCCUCCAGUCACCAACCCCUGUGACCCGUCGCCUUGUGGACCCUACUCACAAUGUCGGGUCGUCGGUAUGACACCUGCUUGCUCUUGUCUUCUCAACUAUAUCGGACGUCCACCCAACUGUCGGCCGGAGUGUACUAUAAACGCUGAGUGUCCCAGUAAUCGGGCCUGUCGCAAUGAGAAGUGUGAAGAUCCUUGUCCCGGCGCUUGCGGUCAGAAUGCAGACUGUAGAGUAGUCAAUCACGCAGCUGUAUGCACUUGUCCACAAGGAUUUGUAGGCGACCCGUCAUCCAUUUGUCAGCCAGCACCUAUAACCACUACAGAGCGCACUCCAGUAAUUGCAGACCCCUGCUUCCCUUCACCAUGUGGCGCCAACGCAGAGUGUACUAACCGCAACAACGUUGGCUCCUGCACAUGCCUGGCAGGGUUUGAAGGUGACCCUUACAGUGGAUGUAGAAGAGAGUGUGAGACCAAUCCAGACUGUGCUCCAGGGUUGGCUUGUAUUAGAUUUAAAUGUGCUGAUCCUUGCCCUGGUACUUGUGGAGCUGGAGCUGACUGCACAGUGAUCAACCACAUUCCAUCAUGUGCUUGUCCACCUGGCUUUACUGGAGAUCCGUUCCUGGCUUGCAGACCUGCCCCUCCGACACCUCCGCCGAGACCAGAGGACCCGUGUGCCCCUUCUCCCUGUGGUCCUAACAGUCAGUGUCGUGCAGUCAACCAACAGGCUGUGUGUUCAUGUCUACCUAACUACGUAGGCUCUCCACCAUCGUGCAGGCCCGAGUGUGUGGUCAGUUCCGAAUGUCCUCUAGACAGAGCUUGUGUCAACCAAAAGUGUUCUGAUCCUUGUCCCAACACUUGUGGUGUGCGAGCUCAGUGUACUGUCAAAAAUCACAACCCCAUCUGUGCCUGUCCUCAAGGGUUUACUGGAGACCCGUUCUCUCAGUGUCUACCGAUACAACAAGAACCAAUAGCCCCGCCCACAUCACCAGCCCCGUCGUGCAUCCCCUCACCUUGCGGACCCAACUCUCAGUGCCAGAUUGUUGGAGGUAACCCAGCGUGUUCUUGCCUGCCUGAUUACAUUGGCUCACCACCACAGUGCCGGCCUGAGUGUGUACUCAGUGCUGAAUGCCCAAGUCAGCUGGCUUGUAUCAAGCUCAAAUGCCGAGACCCGUGUCCAGGAUCUUGUGGGGCCAAUGCCAUUUGUAAUGUUGUCAACCAUCUUCCAAUCUGCACGUGUAAUGAUGGAUUUACUGGGGAUCCAUUCACAUUCUGCACACCAAUUCCAAUCACUACACCUACGCCUCAGCAGUCUGAUCCCUGCAACCCGUCACCCUGUGGACCCAACGCAGUGUGUCGUGGUGCUGGCAUGUGCGAGUGUAUACCUGAGUACUCUGGAAACCCGUACGAGGCUUGUCGGUCGGAAUGUGUGCUCAAUCCGGAAUGUCCCCGAGACAAGGCAUGUAUCCGCAACAAGUGCCGUGACCCUUGCCCCGGCACCUGUGGUCAGAACGCUCAGUGUGAUGUCGUCAACCACAUCCCAGUGUGCUCCUGUCCCCAGGGCUACACAGGUGACCCGUUCACAAGCUGCAGGAUACUGCCACCAGUCCAACAAGAGCCAACUGACCCUUGCCAACCAUCACCGUGUGGACCCAACAGUCAGUGCCGCACAUCCAAUGGCCACGCCGUUUGUAGUUGCCUCACAGGAUACUCCGGUGCCCCACCCUCAUGUCGCCCUGAGUGUGUUGUCAGUGCAGAGUGUCCUCAGACUCGAGCAUGUGUCAACCAGAAGUGCACAGAUCCCUGCCUCGGAUCCUGCGGCCUCAACGCCAGGUGUGAGGUCAUCAACCACUCUCCAAUCUGCAGUUGUCGUGAAGGCCAGACUGGUGAUCCAUUCAGGAGCUGUUAUGAUCUGCCUCCACCUACACCUCCACCUCAAGAUGAGCAGAGAGACCCUUGCCUGUCGUCACCAUGUGGACCCAACGCCCAAUGUCAACCUAGUGGUCGUGUGCCGUCCUGCUCGUGUCUACCCGGGUAUGUAGGCGCUCCACCCAACUGUCGCCCAGAAUGUGUCAUCAACCCAGACUGUCCGUCAACACAGGCCUGUGUGAACAACAAGUGUGUAGAUCCAUGUCCCGGCUCUUGUGGCAUCAAUGCUCAGUGUUCUGUCAUCAGCCAUGCCGUAACCUGUACUUGUCUGCCAGGCUACACUGGGAACCCCUUCGUGCAGUGUAUGCUCCAACAACAAGAGCCAAUCAAUCCCUGCACACCUUCGCCUUGUGGCUCAAAUGCCAUCUGUACUGAACGAAAUAGCGCAGGCGCUUGUAGCUGUAUUCCAGACUACCAGGGUAACCCAUAUGAAGGGUGUAGACCGGAGUGCGUACUGAGCUCCGAUUGUCCCACUGACCGAGCCUGUGUGAGGAACAAGUGCCAGGACCCAUGUCCAGGGGUGUGUGCUCAGUUUGCACUGUGCACUGUCAUUAACCACAUCCCCACCUGCACCUGCACACCUGGAUAUGUUGGCAAUCCUUUUGUUUCUUGUUCACCCCAACCUCCACCUGUAACUCAAGCUACAGUGGUUGACCCUUGCAACCCAUCUCCUUGUGGCCCCAACAGUGUUUGCCGAGACAACAAUGGUCAGGCAGUGUGCUCGUGUUCGCCUGAGUACAUUGGAACCCCACCCAACUGUAGGCCCGAGUGUGUAGUCAACAACGAGUGUCCCUCUAACAGAGCCUGCUACAAGUUCAAGUGUGCUGACCCUUGUCCAGGCACUUGUGGUAUUGAUGCCUUGUGUCAAGUCAUCAAUCACAAUCCGAUAUGCAGUUGUAGAGCUGGUAUGACGGGUGAUCCUUUCGUGAGAUGCACGCCAAUACCAGUUCAACCUACACCAACAAGGCCAGCAGACCCUAUCGACCCUUGUAACCCGUCGCCUUGUGGACAGUUUGCACAGUGCCGCCCAUCAGGAAGCACUCCGGCCUGCAGUUGUCUGCCUAACUACAUCGGCUCUCCACCCAACUGUCGCCCAGAGUGUGUGGUCAACACAGACUGUCCCCAAACUCAGGCAUGUAUCUCAGAGAAGUGUCGUGACCCUUGCCCUGGCUCGUGUGGACUUAACACAGACUGUAGAGUGCAGAACCACAUACCAAUCUGCACCUGUGCUCAAGGAUUCACUGGAGAUCCUUUUUCACAAUGUUCUCCCAUUGUUGUACAACAAGAGCCAGUGGUGACGGACCCAUGCAACCCAUCACCUUGUGGUGCGAAUGCUAACUGCAACAAUGGAGCGUGCACGUGCCAGCCAAACUACUUUGGAGAUCCGUACACUGGGUGUCGCCCUGAGUGUACAAUGAACACAGACUGUCCUCGCAACCGAGCGUGCAGCAACCAGAGAUGCAUCGACCCUUGUCCCGGCACCUGCGGCAGCGGGGCCAACUGUGAUGUCAUCAACCACAUCCCCACCUGCACCUGCCCCGCUGGUACUUCAGGCGAUCCCUUUGUGGCUUGUCGUGAAGUGACUCAGCCUCAAGCUGCGCCUAUAGACCCUUGCAGCCCCUCACCUUGUGGGCCAAACAGUUUGUGUAGAGUCAACAAUGGAGUAGCAGUGUGCUCCUGUCAGCCAACAUACAUCGGUCAACCACCUGGUUGUCGGCCAGAGUGUGUAGUGAGUGCGGAGUGCCCUCUCACACAGGCUUGUCUCAACCGCAAGUGUAGUGACCCGUGCCCGGGCACUUGUGGACAAGGUGCUCGCUGCCAGGUGGUCAACCACAACCCCAUCUGUAGCUGUGCGGCUGGCAACACAGGCGAUCCAUUCAGACAGUGCUUCCCGAUACCUCCAACUCCAGUGCCGAUGACGCCAGUGGACCCGUGCCGACCUUCGCCGUGCGGACCUAACGCAGAGUGUCAAGUGCGCGGUGAAAGUCCAGCAUGUUCGUGUUUAUCCAACUAUAUCGGUUCACCGCCAAACUGUCGUCCCGAGUGCACGAUUAACCCUGAGUGUUCUAGUCAGUUAGCGUGUAUAAACCAAAAGUGUUCCGACCCGUGUCCGGGAUCGUGCGGUUAUAAUGCUCAGUGUUCCGUUAUAAACCACACUCCGGUGUGUUCGUGCAACGCUGGCUACACUGGAGACCCAUUCACCGGCUGCACUCCUGUACAAGCCUCCCCUGUAGCCGAGAGUGUGACUCCAUGCUUCCCUUCCCCCUGCGGUGCCAACGCUGUGUGUCGAGAACUGAACGGAGCUGGAGCGUGCGCUUGCCUCCCUGAACACUUCGGCAACCCUUACGAGGGUUGUAGACCGGAGUGUACAGUCAACCCUGACUGUUCCUCUGACAAGGCGUGUGUGCGCAACAAGUGUCAAGACCCAUGUCCUGGGACUUGCGGCCAGAACGCAGAGUGCAGAGUGAUCAACCAUGUGCCCAUGUGCAUCUGCCUCCCCGGCUUUGUUGGAGAGCCUUUUAGGUUCUGUCGACCACAACCAGUUCAUCCUGUCCAAGCAGAGCCAGUGAACCCUUGUGUGCCAUCACCAUGUGGACCCAACAGUCAAUGCCGGGAAGUUAAUGGACAAGCUGUGUGCUCGUGUCUGCCAACAUACAUAGGCCAGCCUCCAGGCUGCAGACCAGAGUGUGUUGUGAGCAGUGAGUGUCCGACCAACAGAGCCUGUGUAAACCAGAAAUGUGUGGACCCUUGUCCUGGCACUUGUGGACAGAACGCCAGGUGUCAAGUCAUCAACCACAGUCCCAUCUGCAGCUGCAACUCUGGCUUCACUGGAGAUCCUUUCUCAAGAUGUUUCCCUACUCCACCACCUCCACCUCCACCAGCUGAUCCAAUCAUCAGAGACCCUUGUGUACCAUCACCUUGUGGUCCAUUCUCUCAGUGCAGAGACAUUGGAGGAACACCAUCCUGCUCUUGCCUGCCUACAUACAUUGGAUCUCCACCAAACUGUAGACCAGAGUGUACCAUCAACCAAGACUGUCCCAGCAACCAAGCCUGUAUGAGAGAGAAGUGCCGAGACCCGUGUCCAGGGUCUUGUGGAGCUGGAGCCCAGUGUAGUGUCAUCAACCACACUCCGAUCUGCACUUGUCCUGAGGGAUUCACAGGAGAUCCGUUUACCAAUUGCUUCCCCAAACCUCCUGAACCACCUCCAACUCAAGCCAGUGAUCCAUGCAAUCCAUCUCCAUGUGGUCCAAAUGCUCAGUGUGCUGAUGGAAUCUGUACCUGUCUGCCUGAAUUCCAAGGAGACCCAUACUCUGGUUGUAGACCAGAAUGUGUCCUCAACACUGAUUGUCCAAGAGAUCGAGCCUGCAUCCGUAACAAGUGUCAAGAUCCUUGUCCUGGAACUUGUGGCCAGAAUGCUGUGUGUCAAGUGAUAAACCACAUUCCAAUGUGCAGCUGUCCUCCUGGCAUGAGUGGAAAUGCAUUUGUAGACUGUCGACCAAUGCAAGCUCCUGUUGUGACACAGCCAUGCAACCCAUCACCUUGUGGACCCAACAGUCAGUGCAGAGAAGUGAACGGACAAGCUGUGUGUUCCUGUGUGCCCGGCUACAUAGGCAGUCCUCCCACCUGCAGGCCUGAAUGUGUGGUCAACUCAGACUGUCCUCUCAACCAAGCCUGCUCCAACCAGAAGUGUAGAGAUCCUUGUCCAGGAACUUGUGGUGUUGGUGCCAGAUGUCAAGUCAUUAACCACAACCCCAUCUGCAGCUGUCCCACUGGCUUUACUGGGGAUCCGUUCAUAAGAUGCCAACCUAUCCCUCCACCCCAGCAGUCUCCACCAACAGACCCUUGUAUACCUUCACCAUGUGGUCCAAACUCACAGUGCCGAGUGUCUGGAGACAGUCCGUCAUGUUCAUGUCUGCCAGAGUUCAUCGGAACACCUCCCAACUGUCGCCCUGAGUGUGUCAGCAACAGUGAAUGUGCCUCCAACCUGGCCUGUAUCAACCAGAAGUGCAGAGAUCCUUGUCCUGGCACUUGUGGAGCCAAUGCUAUGUGCAGAGUUGUCAGCCAUACUCCACAGUGUGUCUGUAUUGUUGGCUACAUAGGAGACCCUUUCACACAAUGCAUUUUGCAACAAGCUGAACCAAUCCAAGAAGUAGCAACACCUUGUACUCCUUCGCCUUGUGGAUCAAACGCUCAAUGCAGAGAACAGAACGGUGCUGGAGCCUGCACUUGUCUGCCAGAUUACAUCGGCAACCCUUACGAAGGCUGUCGACCUGAGUGUACCUUGAACACUGACUGUGCCUCCAACAGAGCUUGUAUCCGCAACAAAUGUCAGGACCCUUGCCCUGGAACUUGUGGACAGAACGCCGACUGUCAGGUUGUCAACCACUUGCCAUUGUGCACCUGUCGUCCUGGUUUCACUGGGGAUCCGUUCCGCUUCUGCAAUGUCAUUCCACCUCAAGCUGCUGUCCAAGCAGAGCCAGUGAACCCUUGUGCGCCUUCACCAUGUGGACCCAACAGUCAAUGCAGGGAAGUGAAUGGACAAGCUGUGUGCUCGUGUCUGCCAUCAUACAUAGGCCAGCCUCCAGGCUGCAGACCAGAGUGUGUUGUGAGCAGUGAGUGUCCGACCAACAGAGCCUGUGUCAACCAGAAAUGCGUAGACCCUUGUCCUGGCACUUGUGGACAGAACGCCAGGUGUCAAGUCAUCAACCACAGUCCCAUCUGCAGCUGCAACUCUGGCUUCACUGGAGAUCCUUUCUCAAGAUGUUUCCCUAUUCCACCACCACCACCUCCACAGUUUACACCAGCCUAUGUCAACCCGUGUGUCCCAUCACCUUGUGGCCCAUUCUCUCAGUGCAGAGAUAUUGGAGGAACACCAUCCUGCUCUUGCCUGCCUACAUACAUUGGAUCUCCACCAAACUGUAGACCAGAGUGUACCAUCAACCAAGACUGUCCCAGCAACCAAGCCUGUAUGAGAGAGAAGUGCCGAGACCCGUGUCCAGGGUCUUGUGGAGCUGGAGCCCAGUGUAGUGUCAUCAACCACACUCCGAUCUGCACUUGUCCUGAGGGAUUCACAGGAGAUCCGUUUACCAAUUGCUUCCCCAAACCUCCUGAACCACCUCCAACUCAAGCCAGUGAUCCAUGCAAUCCAUCUCCAUGUGGUCCAAAUGCUCAGUGUGCUGAUGGAAUCUGUACCUGUCUGCCUGAAUUCCAAGGAGACCCAUACUCUGGUUGUAGACCAGAAUGUGUCCUCAACACUGAUUGUCCAAGAGAUCGAGCCUGCAUCCGUAACAAGUGUCAAGAUCCUUGUCCUGGAACUUGUGGCCAGAAUGCUGUGUGUCAAGUGAUAAACCACAUUCCAAUGUGCAGCUGUCCGCCUGGAAUGAGUGGAAAUUCAUUUGUAGACUGUCGGCCAAUGCAAGCUCCUGUUGUGACACAGCCAUGCAACCCAUCACCUUGUGGACCCAACAGUCAGUGCAGAGAAGUGAACGGACAAGCUGUGUGUUCCUGUGUGCCCGGCUACAUAGGUAGUCCUCCCACCUGCAGGCCUGAAUGUGUGGUCAACUCAGACUGUCCUCUCAACCAAGCCUGCUCCAACCAGAAGUGUAGAGAUCCUUGUCCAGGAACUUGUGGUGUUGGUGCCAGAUGUCAAGUCAUUAACCACAACCCCAUCUGCAGCUGUCCCACUGGCUUUACUGGGGAUCCGUUUAUAAGAUGCCAACCUAUCCCUCCACCCCAGCAGUCUCCACCAACAGACCCUUGUAUACCUUCACCAUGUGGUCCUAACUCACAGUGCCGAGUGUCUGGAGACAGUCCGUCAUGUUCCUGUCUGCCAGAGUUCAUCGGAACACCUCCCAACUGUCGCCCUGAGUGUGUCAGCAACAGUGAAUGUGCCUCCAACCUGGCCUGUAUCAACCAGAAGUGCAGAGAUCCUUGUCCUGGCACUUGUGGAGCCAAUGCUAUGUGCAGAGUUGUCAGCCAUACUCCACAGUGUGUCUGUAUUGUUGGCUACAUAGGAGACCCUUUCACACAAUGCAUUUUGCAACAAGCUGAACCAAUCCAAGAAGUAGCAACACCUUGUACUCCUUCACCUUGUGGAUCAAACGCUCAAUGCAGAGAACAGAACGGUGCUGGAGCCUGCACUUGUCUGCCAGAUUACAUCGGCAACCCUUACGAAGGCUGUCGACCUGAGUGUACCUUGAACACUGACUGUGCCUCCAACAGAGCUUGUAUCCGCAACAAAUGUCAGGACCCUUGCCCUGGAACUUGUGGACAGAAUGCCGACUGUCAGGUUGUCAACCACUUACCAUUGUGCACCUGUCGUCCUGGUUUCACUGGGGAUCCGUUCCGAUUCUGCAAUGUCAUUCCACCUCAGGCUCCUGUCCAAGCAGAGCCAUUGAACCCUUGUGUGCCUUCACCAUGUGGGCCCAACAGUCAAUGCAGGGAAGUGAAUGGACAAGCUGUGUGCUCGUGUCUGCCAACAUACAUAGGCCAGCCUCCAGGUUGCAGACCAGAGUGUGUUGUGAGCAGUGAGUGUCCGGCCAACAGAGCCUGUGUCAACCAGAAAUGCGUAGACCCUUGUCCUGGAACUUGUGGACAGAACGCCAGGUGUCAAGUCAUCAACCACAGUCCCAUCUGCAGCUGCAACUCUGGAUUCACUGGAGAUCCUUUCUCAAGAUGUUUCCCUAUUCCACCACCUCCACCUCCACCAGCUGAUCCAAUUAUCAGAGACCCUUGUGUACCAUCACCUUGUGGUCCAUUCUCUCAGUGCAGAGAUAUUGGAGGAACACCUUCCUGCUCAUGCCUGCCUACAUACAUUGGAUCUCCACCAAACUGUAGACCAGAGUGUACCAUCAACCAAGACUGUCCCAGCAACCAAGCCUGUAUGAGAGAGAAGUGCCGAGACCCGUGUCCAGGGUCUUGUGGAGCUGGAGCCCAGUGUAGUGUCAUCAACCACACUCCGAUCUGCACUUGUCCUGAGGGAUUCACAGGAGAUCCGUUUACCAAUUGCUUCCCCAAACCUCCUGAACCACCUCCAACUCAAGCCAGUGAUCCAUGCAAUCCAUCUCCAUGUGGUCCAAAUGCUCAGUGUGCUGAUGGAAUCUGUACCUGUCUGCCUGAAUUCCAAGGAGACCCAUACUCUGGUUGUAGACCAGAAUGUGUCCUCAACACUGAUUGUCCAAGAGAUCGAGCCUGCAUCCGUAACAAGUGUCAAGAUCCUUGUCCUGGAACUUGUGGCCAGAAUGCUGUGUGUCAAGUGAUAAACCACAUUCCAAUGUGCAGCUGUCCGCCUGGAAUGAGCGGAAAUCCAUUUGUAGAUUGUCGUCCAAUGCAAGCUCCUGUUGUGACACAGCCAUGCAACCCAUCACCUUGUGGACCCAACAGUCAGUGCAGAGAAGUGAACGGACAAGCUGUGUGUUCCUGUGUGCCCGGCUACAUAGGUAGUCCUCCCACCUGCAGGCCUGAAUGUGUGGUCAACUCAGACUGUCCUCUCAACCAAGCCUGCUCCAACCAGAAGUGUAGAGAUCCUUGUCCAGGAACCUGUGGUGUUGGUGCCAGAUGUCAAGUCAUCAACCACAACCCCAUCUGCAGUUGUCCUACUGGCUUUACUGGGGAUCCGUUCAUAAGAUGUCAACCUAUUCCUCCACCCCAGCAGUCUCCACCAACAGACCCUUGUAUACCUUCACCAUGUGGUCCUAACUCACAGUGCCGAGUGUCUGGAGACAGUCCGUCAUGUUCAUGUCUGCCAGAGUUCAUCGGAACACCUCCCAACUGUCGCCCUGAGUGUGUCAGCAACAGUGAAUGUGCCUCCAACCUGGCCUGUAUCAACCAGAAGUGCAGAGAUCCUUGUCCUGGCACUUGUGGAGCCAAUGCUAUGUGCAGAGUUGUCAGCCAUACUCCACAGUGUGUCUGUAUUGUUGGCUACAUAGGAGACCCUUUCACACAAUGCAUUUUGCAACAAGCUGAACCAAUCCAAGAAGUAGCAACACCUUGUACUCCUUCACCUUGUGGAUCAAACGCUCAAUGCAGAGAACAGAACAGUGCUGGAGCCUGCACUUGUCUGCCAGAUUACAUCGGCAACCCUUACGAAGGCUGUCGACCUGAGUGUACCUUGAACACUGACUGUGCCUCCAACAGAGCUUGUAUCCGCAACAAAUGUCAGGACCCUUGCCCUGGAACUUGUGGACAGAACGCCGACUGUCAGGUUGUCAACCACUUGCCAUUGUGCACCUGUCGUCCUGGUUUCACUGGGGAUCCGUUCCGCUUCUGCAAUGUUAUGCCUCCUCCUCCAGCUAUCCAAGCAGAGCCAAUCAAUCCUUGUGUGCCUUCACCAUGUGGACCCAACAGUCAAUGCAGGGAAGUUAAUGGACAAGCUGUGUGCUCGUGUCUGCCAACAUACAUAGGCCAGCCUCCAGGCUGCAGACCAGAGUGUGUUGUGAGCAGUGAGUGUCCGGCCAACAGAGCCUGUGUCAACCAGAAAUGUGUGGACCCUUGUCCUGGCACUUGUGGACAGAACGCCAGGUGUCAAGUCAUCAACCACAGUCCCAUCUGCAGCUGCAACUCUGGAUUCACUGGAGAUCCUUUCUCAAGAUGUUUCCCUAUUCCACCACCUCCACCUCCACCAGCUGAUCCAAUUAUCAGAGACCCUUGUGUACCAUCACCUUGUGGUCCAUUCUCUCAGUGCAGAGAUAUUGGAGGAACACCUUCCUGCUCAUGCCUGCCUACAUACAUUGGAUCUCCACCAAACUGUAGACCAGAGUGUACCAUCAACCAAGACUGUCCCAGUAACCAAGCCUGUAUGAGAGAGAAGUGCCGAGACCCGUGUCCAGGGUCUUGUGGAGCUGGAGCCCAGUGUAGUGUCAUCAACCACACUCCGAUCUGCACUUGUCCUGAGGGAUUCACAGGAGAUCCGUUUACCAAUUGCUUCCCCAAACCUCCUGAACCACCUCCAACUCAAGCCAGUGAUCCAUGCAAUCCAUCUCCAUGUGGUCCAAACGCUCAGUGUGCUGAUGGAAUCUGUACCUGUCUGCCUGAAUUCCAAGGAGACCCAUACUCUGGUUGUAGACCAGAAUGUGUCCUCAACACUGAUUGUCCAAGAGAUCGAGCCUGCAUCCGUAACAAGUGUCAAGAUCCUUGUCCUGGAACUUGUGGCCAGAAUGCUGUGUGUCAAGUGAUAAACCACAUUCCAAUGUGCAGCUGUCCGCCUGGAAUGAGCGGAAAUCCAUUUGUAGAUUGUCGUCCAAUGCAAGCUCCUGUUGUGACACAGCCAUGCAACCCAUCACCUUGUGGACCCAACAGUCAGUGCAGAGAAGUGAACGGACAAGCUGUGUGUUCCUGUGUGCCCGGCUACAUAGGCAGUCCUCCCACCUGCAGGCCUGAAUGUGUGGUCAACUCAGACUGUCCUCUCAACCAAGCAUGCUCCAACCAGAAGUGUAGAGAUCCUUGUCCAGGAACCUGUGGGGUUGGUGCCAGAUGUCAAGUCAUCAACCACAACCCCAUCUGCAGUUGUCCCACUGGCUUUACUGGGGAUCCGUUCUUAAGAUGCCAGCCUAUCCCUCCACCCCAGCAGUCUCCACCAACAGACCCUUGUAUACCUUCACCAUGUGGUCCUAACUCACAGUGCCGAGUGUCUGGAGAUAGUCCGUCAUGUUCAUGUCUGCCAGAGUUCAUCGGAACACCUCCCAACUGUCGCCCUGAGUGUGUCAGCAACAGUGAAUGUGCCUCCAACCUGGCCUGUAUCAACCAGAAGUGCAGAGAUCCUUGUCCUGGCACUUGUGGAGCCAAUGCUAUGUGCAGAGUUGUCAGCCAUACUCCACAGUGUGUCUGUAUUUUUGGCUACAUAGGAGACCCUUUCACACAAUGCAUUUUGCAACAAGAUGUACCAAUCCAAGAAGUAGCAACACCUUGUACUCCUUCACCUUGUGGAUCAAACGCUCAAUGCAGAGAACAGAACGGUGCUGGAGCCUGCACUUGUCUGCCAGAUUACAUCGGCAACCCUUACGAAGGCUGUCGACCUGAGUGUACCUUGAACACUGACUGUGCCUCCAACAGAGCUUGUAUCCGCAACAAAUGUCAGGACCCUUGCCCUGGAACUUGUGGACAGAACGCCGACUGUCAGGUUGUCAACCACUUGCCAUUGUGCACCUGUCGUCCUGGUUUCACUGGGGAUCCGUUCCGCUUCUGCAGUAUUAUGCCUCCUCCUCCAGCCAUCCAAGCAGAGCCAUUGAACCCUUGUGUGCCUUCACCAUGUGGACCCAACAGUCAAUGCAGGGAAGUUAAUGGACAAGCUGUGUGCUCGUGUUUGCCAACAUACAUAGGCCAGCCUCCAGGCUGCAGACCAGAGUGUGUUGUGAGCAGUGAGUGUCCGGCCAACAGAGCCUGUGUCAACCAGAAAUGUGUGGACCCUUGUCCUGGCACUUGUGGACAGAACGCCAGGUGUCAAGUCAUCAACCACAGUCCCAUCUGCAGCUGCAACUCUGGCUUCACUGGAGAUCCUUUCUCAAGAUGUUUCCCUAUACCACAACCUCCACCUCCACCAGCUGAUCCGAUCAUCAGAGACCCGUGUGUCCCAUCACCUUGUGGUCCAUUCUCUCAGUGCAGAGAUAUUGGAGGAACACCAUCCUGCUCUUGCCUGCCUACAUACAUUGGAUCUCCACCAAACUGUAGACCAGAGUGUACCAUCAACCAAGACUGUCCCAGCAACCAAGCCUGUAUGAGAGAGAAGUGCCGAGACCCGUGUCCAGGGUCUUGUGGAGCUGGAGCCCAGUGUAGUGUCAUCAACCACACUCCGAUCUGCACUUGUCCUGAGGGAUUCACAGGAGAUCCGUUUACCAAUUGCUUCCCCAAACCUCCUGAACCACCUCCAACUCAAGCCAGUGAUCCAUGCAAUCCAUCUCCAUGUGGUCCAAAUGCUCAGUGUGCUGAUGGAAUCUGUACCUGUCUGCCUGAAUUCCAAGGAGACCCAUACUCUGGUUGUAGACCAGAAUGUGUCCUCAACACUGAUUGUCCAAGAGAUCGAGCCUGCAUCCGUAACAAGUGUCAAGAUCCUUGUCCUGGAACUUGUGGCCAGAAUGCUGUGUGUCAAGUGAUAAACCACAUUCCAAUGUGCAGCUGUCCUCCUGGCAUGAGUGGAAAUCCAUUUGUAGACUGUCGGCCAAUGCAAGCUCCUGUUGUGACACAGCCAUGCAACCCAUCACCUUGUGGAUCCAACAGUCAGUGCAGAGAAGUGAACGGACAAGCUGUGUGUUCCUGUGUGCCCGGCUACAUAGGUAGUCCUCCCACCUGCAGGCCUGAAUGUGUGGUCAACUCAGACUGUCCUCUCAACCAAGCCUGCUCCAACCAGAAGUGUAGAGAUCCUUGUCCAGGAACAUGUGGUGUUGGUGCCAGAUGUCAAGUCAUCAACCACAACCCCAUCUGCACUUGUCCGCCACGCUUCACCGGCGAUCCCUUCAAUAGGUGUACUCAAUUAGUGAUUUCACAAUCUCCAUCUUCACCACAAGAUCCAUGUCAGCCAUCACCAUGUGGUCCAAACUCACAGUGUCGAGUGUCUGGAGACAGUCCGUCAUGUUCAUGUCUGCCAGAGUUCAUCGGAACACCUCCCAACUGUCGCCCUGAGUGUGUCAGCAACAGUGAAUGUGCCUCCAACCUGGCCUGUAUCAACCAGAAGUGCAGAGAUCCUUGUCCUGGCACUUGUGGAGCCAAUGCUAUGUGCAGAGUUGUCAGCCAUACUCCACAGUGUGUCUGUAUUGUUGGCUACAUAGGAGACCCUUUCACACAAUGCAUUUUGCAACAAGCUGAACCAAUCCAAGAAGUAGCAACACCUUGUACUCCUUCACCUUGUGGAUCAAACGCUCAAUGCAGAGAACAGAACGGUGCUGGAGCCUGCACUUGUCUGCCAGAUUACAUCGGCAACCCUUACGAAGGCUGUCGACCUGAGUGUACCUUGAACACUGACUGUGCCUCCAACAGAGCUUGUAUCCGCAACAAAUGUCAGGACCCUUGCCCUGGAACUUGUGGACAGAAUGCCGACUGUCAGGUUGUCAACCACUUGCCAUUGUGCACCUGUCGUCCUGGUUUCACUGGGGAUCCGUUCCGCUUCUGCAACGUCAUUCCACCUCCUCCAGCUAUCCAAGCAGAGCCAUUGAACCCUUGUGUGCCUUCACCAUGUGGACCCAACAGUCAAUGCAGGGAAGUGAAUGGACAAGCUGUGUGCUCGUGUCUGCCAACAUACAUAGGCCAGCCUCCAGGCUGCAGACCAGAGUGUGUUGUGAGCAGUGAGUGUCCGGCCAACAGAGCCUGUGUCAACCAGAAAUGUGUGGACCCUUGUCCUGGCACUUGUGGACAGAACGCCAGGUGUCAAGUCAUCAACCACAGUCCCAUCUGCAGCUGCAACUCUGGCUUCACUGGAGAUCCUUUCUCAAGAUGUUUCCCGAUUCCACCACCUCCACCUCCACCAGCUGAUCCAAUUAUCAGAGACCCGUGUGUCCCAUCACCUUGUGGUCCAUUCUCUCAGUGCAGAGAUAUUGGAGGAACACCAUCCUGCUCUUGCCUGCCUACAUACAUUGGAUCUCCACCAAUCUGUAGACCAGAGUGUACCAUCAACCAAGACUGUCCCAGCAACCAAGCCUGUAUGAGAGAGAAGUGCCGAGACCCGUGUCCAGGGUCUUGUGGAGCUGGAGCCCAGUGUAGUGUCAUCAACCACACUCCGAUCUGCACUUGUCCUGAGGGAUUCACAGGAGAUCCGUUUACCAAUUGCUUCCCCAAACCUCCUGAACCACCUCCAACUCAAGCCAGUGAUCCAUGCAAUCCAUCUCCAUGUGGUCCAAAUGCUCAGUGUGCUGAUGGAAUCUGUACCUGUCUGCCUGAAUUCCAAGGAGACCCAUACUCUGGUUGUAGACCAGAAUGUGUCCUCAACACUGAUUGUCCAAGAGAUCGAGCCUGCAUCCGUAACAAGUGUCAAGAUCCUUGCCCUGGAACUUGUGGGCAAGGAGCUCGAUGUGAUGUCAUUAACCACAUACCAAUGUGUACAUGCCCAUCUGGAUUGACGGGAAGCCCAUUCUUCCAGUGUGUGCCUUUUGAAUCUCCUGUUGUGACACAACCAUGCAACCCAUCACCUUGUGGACCCAACAGUCAGUGCAGAGAAGUGAACGGACAAGCUGUGUGUUCCUGUGUGCCCGGCUACAUAGGUAGUCCUCCCACCUGCAGGCCUGAAUGUGUGGUCAACUCAGACUGUCCUCUCAACCAAGCCUGCUCCAACCAGAAGUGUAGAGAUCCUUGUCCAGGAACCUGUGGUGUUGGUGCCAGAUGUCAAGUCAUCAACCACAACCCCAUCUGCAGCUGUCCCACUGGCUUUACUGGGGAUCCGUUCUUAAGAUGCCAACCUAUCCCUCCACCCCAGCAGUCUCCACCAACAGACCCUUGUAUACCUUCACCAUGUGGUCCAAACUCACAGUGCCGAGUGUCUGGAGACAGUCCGUCAUGUUCAUGUCUGCCAGAGUUCAUCGGAACACCUCCCAACUGUCGCCCUGAGUGUGUCAGCAACAGUGAAUGUGCCUCCAACCUGGCCUGUAUUAACCAGAAGUGCAGAGAUCCUUGUCCUGGCACUUGUGGAGCCAAUGCUAUGUGCAGAGUUGUCAGCCAUAGUCCUCAGUGUCUCUGCAUUGAAGGAUUUACUGGAAACCCAUUCAUAGGGUGUUCCGUUGUACAGUCAAUUCCACAAGAAGUCAUAACACCUUGUACUCCUUCACCUUGUGGAUCAAACGCUCAAUGCAGAGAACAGAACGGUGCUGGAGCCUGCACUUGUCUGCCAGAUUACAUCGGCAACCCUUACGAAGGCUGUCGACCUGAGUGUACCUUGAACACUGACUGUGCCUCCAACAGAGCUUGUAUCCGCAACAAAUGUCAGGACCCUUGCCCUGGAACUUGUGGACAGAACGCCGACUGUCAGGUUGUCAACCACUUACCAUUGUGCACCUGUCGUCCUGGUUUCACUGGGGAUCCAUUCCGCUUCUGCAAUGUCCUUCCACCUCAAGCUCCUGUCCAAGCAGAGCCAGUGAACCCUUGUGUGCCUUCACCAUGUGGACCCAACAGUCAAUGCAGGGAAGUUAAUGGACAAGCUGUGUGCUCGUGUCUGCCAACAUACAUAGGCCAGCCUCCAGGCUGCAGACCAGAGUGUGUUGUGAGCAGUGAGUGUCCGGCCAACAGAGCCUGUGUUAACCAGAAAUGUGUGGACCCUUGUCCUGGCACUUGUGGACAGAACGCCAGGUGUCAAGUCAUCAACCACAGUCCCAUCUGCAGCUGCAACUCUGGCUUCACUGGAGAUCCUUUCUCAAGAUGUUUUCCAAUACCUCCUCCGACACCCCAGCAGGCACCUCCAGUAUAUGUCAACCCGUGUGUCCCAUCACCUUGUGGUCCGUUCUCUCAGUGCAGAGACAUUGGAGGAACACCAUCCUGUUCUUGCCUGCCUACAUACAUUGGAUCUCCACCAAACUGUAGACCAGAGUGUACCAUCAACCAAGACUGUCCCAGCAACCAAGCCUGUAUGAGAGAGAAGUGCCGAGACCCGUGUCCAGGGUCUUGUGGAGCUGGAGCCCAGUGUAGUGUCAUCAACCACACUCCGAUCUGCACUUGUCCUGAGGGAUUCACAGGAGAUCCGUUUACCAAUUGCUUCCCCAAACCUCCUGAACCACCUCCAACUCAAGCCAGUGAUCCAUGCAAUCCAUCUCCAUGUGGUCCAAAUGCUCAGUGUGCUGAUGGAAUAUGUACAUGUCUGCCUGAAUUCCAAGGAGACCCAUACUCUGGUUGUAGACCAGAAUGUGUCCUCAACACUGAUUGUCCAAGAGAUCGAGCCUGCAUCCGCAACAAAUGUAAAGAUCCUUGUCCUGGAACUUGUGGCCAAGGAGCUCAAUGUGAUGUAAUUAACCACAUUCCUGUCUGCAGUUGCCCUCAAGGAAUGUCUGGAAAUCCCUUUGUCCAAUGUCAACCUAUGCAAGCUCCUCCAGUUACUCAGCCAUGCAACCCUUCUCCUUGUGGACCUUUCAGUCAGUGCAGAGAAGUGAACGGACAAGCUGUGUGUUCCUGUGUGCCCGGGUACAUAGGCAGUCCUCCGGCUUGUAGACCAGAAUGUGUGGUGAACACUGAUUGUAACCUCAACCAAGCAUGCUCCAACCAGAAGUGUAGAGAUCCUUGUCCAGGAACCUGUGGGGUUGGUGCCAGAUGUCAAGUCAUUAACCACAACCCCAUCUGCAGCUGCCCCACUGGCUUUACUGGGGAUCCGUUCUUAAGAUGCCAACCUAUUCCUCCACCCCAGCAGUCUCCACCAACAGACCCUUGUAUACCUUCACCAUGUGGUCCUAACUCACAGUGCCGAGUGUCUGGAGACAGUCCGUCAUGUUCAUGUCUGCCAGAGUUCAUCGGAACACCUCCCAACUGUCGCCCUGAGUGUGUCAGCAACAGUGAAUGUGCCUCCAACCUGGCCUGUAUCAACCAGAAGUGCAGAGAUCCUUGUCCUGGCACUUGUGGAGCCAACGCAGAAUGCCGGAUCGUCAGUCAUUCGCCACAAUGUGUCUGCAUAGUUGGCUAUACUGGAGACCCAUUCCGUUUAUGCAACCUCCAACAAGCUGAACCAAUCCUUCAAGAGAGGCCAACACCUUGCAUUCCAUCACCUUGUGGAUCAAACGCUCAAUGCAGAGAACAGAACGGUGCUGGAGCUUGCACUUGUCUGCCAGAUUACAUCGGCAACCCUUACGAAGGCUGUCGACCUGAGUGUACCUUGAACACUGACUGUGCCUCCAACAGAGCUUGUAUCCGCAACAAAUGUCAGGACCCUUGCCCUGGAACUUGUGGCCAGAACGCCGACUGUCAGGUUGUCAACCACUUGCCAUUGUGCACCUGUCGUCCUGGUUUCACUGGGGAUCCAUUCCGCUUCUGCAAUGUCAUUCCACCUCAAGCUCCUGUCCAAGCAGAGCCAGUGAACCCUUGUGUGCCUUCACCAUGUGGACCCAACAGUCAAUGCAGGGAAGUGAAUGGACAAGCUGUGUGCUCGUGUCUGCCAACAUACAUAGGCCAGCCUCCAGGCUGCAGACCAGAGUGUGUUGUGAGCAGUGAGUGUCCGGCCAACAGAGCCUGUGUUAACCAGAAAUGUGUGGACCCUUGUCCUGGCACUUGUGGACAGAACGCCAGGUGUCAAGUCAUCAACCACAGUCCCAUUUGCAGCUGCAACUCUGGCUUCACUGGAGAUCCUUUCUCAAGAUGUUUCCCGAUUCCACCACCUCCACCUCCACCAGCUGAUCCAAUUAUCAGAGACCCGUGUGUCCCAUCACCUUGUGGUCCAUUCUCUCAGUGCAGAGAUAUUGGAGGAACACCAUCCUGCUCUUGCCUGCCUACAUACAUUGGAUCUCCACCAAACUGUAGACCAGAGUGUACCAUCAACCAAGACUGUCCCAGCAACCAAGCCUGUAUGAGAGAGAAGUGCCGAGACCCGUGUCCAGGGUCUUGUGGAGCUGGAGCCCAGUGUAGUGUCAUCAACCACACUCCGAUCUGCACUUGUCCUGAGGGAUUCACAGGAGAUCCGUUUACCAAUUGCUUCCCCAAACCUCCUGAACCACCUCCAACUCAAGCCAGUGAUCCAUGCAAUCCAUCUCCAUGUGGUCCAAAUGCUCAGUGUGCUGAUGGAAUCUGUACCUGUCUGCCUGAAUUCCAAGGAGACCCAUACUCUGGUUGUAGACCAGAAUGUGUCCUCAACACUGAUUGUCCAAGAGAUCGAGCCUGCAUCCGCAACAAAUGUCAAGAUCCUUGUCCUGGAACUUGUGGCCAGAAUGCUGUGUGUCAAGUGAUAAACCACAUUCCAAUGUGCAGCUGUCCUCCUGGCAUGAGUGGAAAUCCAUUUGUAGACUGUCGGCCAAUGCAAGCUCCUGUUGUGACACAGCCAUGCAACCCAUCACCUUGUGGACCCAACAGUCAGUGCAGAGAAGUGAACGGACAAGCUGUGUGUUCCUGUGUGCCCGGCUACAUAGGUAGUCCUCCCACCUGCAGGCCUGAAUGUGUGGUCAACUCAGACUGUCCUCUCAACCAAGCCUGCUCCAACCAGAAGUGUAGAGAUCCUUGUCCAGGAACCUGUGGUGUUGGUGCCAGAUGUCAAGUCAUUAACCACAACCCCAUCUGCAGCUGUCCCACUGGCUUUACUGGGGAUCCGUUCUUAAGAUGCCAACCUAUUCCUCCACCCCAGCAGUCUCCACCAACAGACCCUUGUAUACCUUCACCAUGUGGUCCAAACUCACAGUGUCGAGUGUCUGGAGACAGUCCGUCAUGUUCAUGUCUGCCAGAGUUCAUCGGAACACCUCCCAACUGUCGCCCUGAGUGUGUCAGCAACAGUGAAUGUGCCUCCAACCUGGCCUGUAUCAACCAGAAGUGCAGAGAUCCUUGUCCUGGCACUUGUGGAGCCAAUGCUAUGUGCAGAGUUGUCAGCCAUACUCCACAGUGUGUCUGUAUUGUUGGCUACACCGGUGAUCCAUUUUUGCAAUGUAUCCUACAGCAAGCUGAACCAAUCCAAGAGGUAGCAACACCUUGUACUCCUUCGCCUUGUGGAUCAAACGCUCAAUGCAGAGAACAGAACGGUGCUGGAGCCUGCACUUGUCUGCCAGAUUACAUCGGCAACCCUUACGAAGGCUGUCGACCUGAGUGUACCUUGAACACUGACUGUGCCUCCAACAGAGCUUGUAUCCGCAACAAAUGUCAGGACCCUUGCCCUGGAACUUGUGGACAGAACGCCGACUGUCAGGUUGUCAACCACUUGCCAUUGUGCACCUGUCGUCCUGGUUUCACUGGGGAUCCGUUCCGCUUCUGCAAUGUCAUUCCACCUCAAGCUCCUGUCCAAGCAGAGCCAGUGAACCCUUGUGUGCCUUCACCAUGUGGACCCAACAGUCAAUGCAGGGAAGUGAAUGGACAAGCUGUGUGCUCGUGUCUGCCAACAUACAUAGGCCAGCCUCCAGGCUGCAGACCAGAGUGUGUUGUGAGCAGUGAGUGUCCGGCCAACAGAGCCUGUGUCAACCAGAAAUGUGUGGACCCUUGUCCUGGCACUUGUGGACAGAACGCCAGGUGUCAAGUCAUCAACCACAGUCCCAUCUGCAGCUGCAACUCUGGCUUCACUGGAGAUCCUUUCUCAAGAUGUUUCCCGAUUCCACCACCUCCACCUCUACCAGCUGAUCCAAUUAUCAGAGAUCCGUGUGUACCAUCACCUUGUGGUCCAUUCUCUCAGUGCAGAGACAUUGGAGGAACACCAUCCUGUUCUUGCCUGCCUACAUACAUUGGAUCUCCACCAAACUGUAGACCAGAGUGUACCAUCAACCAAGACUGUCCCAGCAACCAAGCCUGUAUGAGAGAGAAGUGCCGAGACCCGUGUCCAGGGUCUUGUGGAGCUGGAGCCCAGUGUAGUGUCAUCAACCACACUCCGAUCUGCACUUGUCCUGAGGGAUUCACAGGAGAUCCGUUUACCAAUUGCUUCCCCAAACCUCCUGAACCACCUCCAACUCAAGCCAGUGAUCCAUGCAAUCCAUCUCCAUGUGGUCCAAAUGCUCAGUGUGCUAAUGGAAUCUGUACCUGUCUGCCUGAAUUCCAAGGAGACCCAUACUCUGGUUGUAGACCAGAAUGUGUCCUCAACACUGAUUGUCCAAGAGAUCGAGCCUGCAUCCGCAACAAGUGCCAAGAUCCCUGUCCUGGAACUUGUGGGCAAGGAGCUCAAUGUGAUGUAAUUAACCACAUUCCUGUCUGCAGUUGCCCUCAAGGAAUGUCUGGAAAUCCCUUUGUCCAAUGUCAAACCAUGCAAGCUCCUCCAGUUACUCAGCCAUGCAACCCUUCUCCUUGUGGACCUUUCAGUCAGUGCAGAGAAGUGAACGGACAAGCUGUGUGUUCCUGUGUGCCCGGGUACAUAGGCAGUCCUCCGGCUUGUAGACCAGAAUGUGUGGUGAACACUGAUUGUAACCUCAACCAAGCAUGCUCCAACCAGAAGUGUAGAGAUCCUUGUCCAGGAACCUGUGGGGUUGGUGCCAGAUGUCAAGUCAUUAACCACAACCCCAUCUGCAGCUGCCCCACUGGCUUUACUGGGGAUCCGUUCUUAAGAUGCCAACCUAUUCCUCCACCCCAGCAGUCUCCACCAACAGACCCUUGUAUACCUUCACCAUGUGGUCCUAACUCACAGUGCCGAGUGUCUGGAGACAGUCCGUCAUGUUCAUGUCUGCCAGAGUUCAUCGGAACACCUCCCAACUGUCGCCCUGAGUGUGUCAGCAACAGUGAAUGUGCCUCCAACCUGGCCUGUAUCAACCAGAAGUGCAGAGAUCCUUGUCCUGGCACUUGUGGAGCCAAUGCUAUGUGCAGAGUUGUCAGCCAUACUCCACAAUGUGUCUGCAUAGUUGGCUAUACUGGAGACCCAUUCCGUUUAUGCAACCUCCAACAAGCUGAGCCUGUAAAUGAAGUCAUAACACCUUGUACUCCUUCACCUUGUGGAUCAAACGCUCAAUGCAGAGAACAGAACGGUGCUGGAGCCUGCACUUGUCUGCCAGAUUACAUCGGCAACCCUUACGAAGGCUGUCGACCUGAGUGUACCUUGAACACUGACUGUGCCUCCAACAGAGCUUGUAUCCGCAACAAAUGUCAGGACCCUUGCCCUGGAACUUGUGGCCAGAACGCCGACUGUCAGGUUGUCAACCACUUGCCAUUGUGCACCUGUCGUCCUGGUUUCACUGGGGAUCCGUUCCGCUUCUGCAAUGUCAUUCCACCUCAAGCUGCUGUCCAAGCAGAGCCAGUGAACCCUUGUGUGCCUUCACCAUGUGGACCCAACAGUCAAUGCAGGGAAGUGAAUGGACAAGCUGUGUGCUCGUGUCUGCCAACAUACAUAGGCCAGCCUCCAGGCUGCAGACCAGAGUGUGUUGUGAGCAGUGAGUGUCCGGCCAACAGAGCCUGUGUCAACCAGAAAUGUGUGGACCCUUGUCCUGGCACUUGUGGACAGAACGCCAGGUGUCAAGUCAUCAACCACAGUCCCAUCUGCAGCUGCAACUCUGGCUUCACUGGAGAUCCUUUCUCAAGAUGUUUCCCGAUUCCACCACCUCCACCUCUACCAGCUGAUCCAAUUAUCAGAGAUCCGUGUGUACCAUCACCUUGUGGUCCAUUCUCUCAGUGCAGAGAUAUUGGAGGAACACCAUCCUGCUCUUGCCUGCCUACAUACAUUGGAUCUCCACCAAACUGUAGACCAGAGUGUACCAUCAACCAAGACUGUCCCAGCAACCAAGCCUGUAUGAGAGAGAAGUGCCGAGACCCGUGUCCAGGGUCUUGUGGAGCUGGAGCCCAGUGUAGUGUCAUCAACCACACUCCGAUCUGCACUUGUCCUGAGGGAUUCACAGGAGAUCCGUUUACCAAUUGCUUCCCCAAACCUCCUGAACCACCUCCAACUCAAGCCAGUGAUCCAUGCAAUCCAUCUCCAUGUGGUCCAAAUGCUCAGUGUGCUGAUGGAAUCUGUACCUGUCUGCCUGAAUUCCAAGGAGACCCAUACUCUGGUUGUAGACCAGAAUGUGUCCUCAACUCUGAUUGUCCAAGAGAUCGAGCCUGCAUCCGCAACAAGUGUCAAGAUCCUUGUCCUGGAACUUGUGGCCAGAAUGCUGUGUGUCAAGUGAUAAACCACAUUCCAAUGUGCACUUGUCCUGAUGGCAUGCAAGGCAAUCCUUUUAUUGAUUGUCGACCAAUGCAAGCUCCAGUGGUAACUCAACCUUGUGUCCCGUCACCGUGCGGCCCCAACAGUCAGUGUCGGGAGAUCAACGGCCAAGCAGUAUGCUCUUGUCUACCAGGCUUCAUCAGCACUCCACCCAUGUGCAGGCCCGAGUGUGUCGGCAGUUCUGAGUGUGCUCUCAAUGAGGCUUGUAUCAAUCAACACUGCACCGACCCUUGUCCCGGCACUUGUGGUCUGGCUGCCCAGUGUCAGGUCAUCAACCAUAACCCUAUAUGCAGCUGCCCUGCACCACUCAUUGGCAACCCAUUUUCCAGAUGCUAUCCUAGACCGGCAGAUCCCAUUCCCACAUCACCGGCUGCUCCAUCCGAUCCCUGCUUCCCCUCACCCUGUGGACCGUUCAGCACGUGUGUCGCCACCUCUGCGGGCUCCCCCUCCUGUAGUUGUCUCCCCGGAUACAUCAACUCUCCGCCCAACUGUCGCCCUGAGUGUGUUGCCAACAGUGAUUGCUCUUCACAGCUCGCUUGCAUCAACCAGAAGUGUCGCGAUCCUUGUCCGGGCUCCUGUGGCGUCAAUGCCGAGUGUCGCGUCGUCAUGCACACACCCAACUGUGUCUGUGUGAGAGAUUAUGUCGGUGAUCCCUUCACGAUCUGCAACCCACGACCAUCUGAACCCCCCACUGCUGCAACUCCCACUGAUCCUUGUUACCCCUCCCCCUGUGGCAUCAACGCCCGCUGCCGGGUAGAGAACAACUACGCAGUGUGUGAAUGUCUACCCGAGUUCCAAGGCAACCCUUACGAAGGCUGUCGUCCAGAGUGUCUGGUGAGCUCAGACUGUCCUAUGAACAAAGCCUGUAUCAACACCAAGUGUCGGGACCCUUGUCCUGGUACUUGCGGAGUCUCCGCUAUCUGUACUGUCUCCAACCACAUCCCCAUCUGCUCAUGUCCCAACGGGUUCACAGGAGACGCUUUCAGAGUGUGCACACCAGUACCGCUCAAAGAAGCAUCACCAACCGACCCUUGUGUUCCAUCGCCGUGUGGCCCCAAUACGGUGUGCCGCAAUGCAAAUGGUGUGGCUGUGUGUGAGUGUAUCCCUGGGUUCUUCGGCUCGCCUAGUACAUCAGGCUGUCGUCCAGAGUGUGUGAUCAACGCAGACUGUGCUCGUAACCUCGCGUGUGUCAACAACAAGUGUGUAGACCCGUGUCCAGGUGUGUGUGGCUUCAGAGCUACGUGUCACGUUAUCAACCACAGUCCCGUUUGUAGCUGUCCACCACCUCUCGUCGGAGAUCCGUUUACCGAGUGUAAAAAUCUACCACCACCACCGUCAGAUCCUUGCAACCCUUCACCAUGUGGUUAUAACGGCCAGUGCCGAGUUGUGAAUGGUGCCGCGAGCUGUAUUUACCCAGAAUGCAUCAUUAACCAAGACUGUCCUCGGGACAAGGCUUGUUUCAACCAGCGAUGUCGUGAUCCAUGUGUGGAUGCUUGCGGUCUCAAUGCUAUCUGCCAGGUAGUCAACCAUAACGCCGUGUGUUCAUGUCCGCCUGGGUAUGUGGGCGAGCCGAGACUGCAGUGCACUGUCAGAGUGGUCGAACAAGCCCCCAAGCCAGAAUGUCUCUCAGACUCGGAGUGCACCAAUGACAAGGCCUGUAUCAACGAGAUGUGCCGCAACCCUUGCGCUGAGUCAAAUGUUUGUGCUGCUAACGCACAGUGUCAUGUACAGCUACAUCGACCUCUGUGUGUGUGCAGGGACGGGCUCACUGGCAAUGCCCAGCUGCAGUGCUAUGAGAUUGGGUGUCGAAGUGACUCAGAGUGUCCACCGACACAGGCUUGUGUCAACCGAGAGUGUGUGAACCCUUGUGCCUACACGCAAUGUGGAGUCAACGCCGAGUGUCAUGUGGAUGCUGGGGCUCGUGCUCGCUGUCAAUGCCUGCCGCAGUACUACGGUGACCCGCAGGUCCGCUGCGACCGACCCCAGUGUCUGACUGAUGCCGAGUGUCCGUCACACCUCACCUGUCGAGACCAGAGAUGUCAGGACCCAUGCGACUGUGCCCCUAGUGCUCAAUGCAACGUGAUCAACCACCGAGCAACAUGCAGAUGUCCUCCAGGAUAUGUUGGUGAUCCUCAUGCCAACUGUGCAAUAGCACCUAUGGACAUCCCGCCACAGUGUCGCAUGGACGCUGACUGUGCCAGCAAGCUGGCCUGUUUCAGCGGAUCAUGCCGUAACCCUUGCGCCGAGACUCAUCCUUGUGGUGCCAAUGCCGAGUGUAUGGUAGUCGACUCUCUGCCUCUUCGAACCAUGAGCUGCAUGUGUCUGCCGGGAUAUGUAGGCGACGCCGACGUAGAGUGCAAACUGGCCCCAACAGAUCAGCCGGGCUGCAAGUCUGAUGACGAAUGUCCCAUCACAGACACUUGUCUCAACAGAAGAUGUGUCAACCCCUGUGCUGUUACCAGCCCUUGUGCUUCCAAUGCCUUGUGUGAGGCCACCAACCAUCGAGCCAACUGCAAAUGUCCACCAGGACAGAUUGGCAAUGCUUUUGUCAACUGCUACAAGGAGCCGGUGGCAUCGCCUGAGUGUACUGCAGACUCUGAAUGUGCCAGUCACCUGGCUUGUGUCAACCAACGCUGCCAGAACCCUUGUGUUGUUGCUGACCCCUGUGGUCUCAACGCUGAGUGUGCCGUCAGCAGCCACCGCGCUGUCUGCAACUGUCCCAACGGAUGGGCCGGCAACCCACAAGUCCAAUGCUAUAAACCUGAGUGCAAGGUAGACUCCGAUUGUCUGUAUGACAAGGCAUGUGUUGGAGGAAGCUGUGCGUCUCCUUGUUUAUCAAUGUCCUGUGGUCGAGGAGCAGAGUGCAAGGUGACGUCGCCACAUCGAGGCACUUGCGUUUGUCCGGCAGGUACACAGGGUAACCCCAUGUUGUCGUGUGUGAGUGUCGUAUGUCAGUACAACGAAGACUGUGCGGACCACGAGGCGUGUGAUCGUCUUAACCGUGUGUGUCGCCCUGUAUGUGAGAGUGACACCUGUGCCGAUACUGCUAUAUGCUCUUCCAAGAAUCAUCAGCCCACCUGCACCUGUCCUCCGGGCACUCGAGGCAACGCUUACAUCGCUUGUGAACGAGAGGAUGAAAUUCGAAGACCAAUCAAGGCAGAAUGUGAGACAGAUGCAGACUGCCCGUCACGUUUGGCUUGCAUCAAUGAUCGUUGUGGCGACCCUUGUCGUUCAGCGUCUAUGUGCUCGCCAGACCAAGAGUGUAGAGUUCAAGACACACUACCACUGCGAACUGUCUACUGCCAAUGUCCAUCAGACACAGUGCCAGACUAUGACGGAAGGUGCAAAGCCAUCGCCCGACCGGUGCCACAGUGCCGUGUGGAUACAGACUGCUCGGACCCAGAGCGUUGUGUGCGAGGCAGCUGUAUGGAGGCUUGUAGAGUCGACCCAUGCGGCCUCAACGCCAUCUGUAUGUCUCAGUCCCACACAGCUGUGUGCUCCUGCCCACCUGGCUUUGUCGGCAACCCACAUUUGGAGUGUACUUUCUCACCAUCACAAACUCCACUGGUGAUUGUCCCGGAGUGUGUCAGAGAUGACGAGUGUCCCUGGGACCGAUCGUGUGUCAACCAACGCUGUGCUAACCCAUGUGUUGCCGACCACUGUGCUCGAGGAGCUUUCUGCCACGUUGAGAGUCACCAGCCAGUGUGUCGCUGUCCUGCAGGCUUUUUGGGAGAUCCUCGCAUCGAAUGUAGACCUCCGGAUGCAAUCACUGUGGGUUGCAGCUCUAACUCGGACUGUAGCCUGAAGGAGUCGUGUGUCAAUCGUCUCUGUAUCAGUCCCUGCAACUGUGGACCCAACGCAGAGUGCAGAGUGACCAACCACUAUGCAAUCUGCUUCUGCAAGCCUGGCUACUCUGGCAAUCCACAGAUUGGCUGCACAAAACUUGGAUGCGAGUCAGACGAACAGUGCAGUUCAGACAAGAUGUGCUAUAAUGGAGAAUGCAUCAACCCGUGUAUCCUUGGAGACCCUUGCGCUGCCAAUGCGGAAUGCUAUGGCUCUGAACAUCGUGCGUCAUGCAGGUGUCGAACCGGCUACGAGGGUAACCCGCUUGUCCGCUGCGCUCGCAUUGAGUGUCGUGUGGACGCAGAUUGUCCCCAAAACCGAGCUUGUGUCAACCAACAUUGUGUAGACCCGUGUGACAAUCCCAUCAACCCUCCUUGUGCGGCCAAUGCGCUGUGCUAUGUAAGGAACCACUAUGCAGCUUGUCGCUGUCCAGACCAUCUACCCAUGGGCAACCCGAUGGCGUACUGUGAGCGGCGACCUCCAGUCAUGGCCGAGCCCGAGUGUAGACACGACCCUGAGUGUCCAAGUCAACUGGCCUGCAUACGCAACGUUUGUGUCAAUCCUUGCAUUGCACUAUCACCUUGUGCAACGUCAUCUAGAUGCAGUGUCCUGGACACAAUGCCAGUCAGGACCAUGAUCUGUACCUGUCCUGAUGGCUGGGUACCUAACAACGAGGGAGAGUGUCGACCUGUGGUUGUGCCCAUCCCGCCAGGCUGCACAGCUGACACAGACUGUUCCAGCAAUGAGACUUGUAUCAACCGCAUGUGUCGCAAUCCGUGCAACUGCGGAACAAAUACCAAUUGUGUAGUCCAAAACCAUCGUCCAAUUUGCUCAUGUCUGAAUGGCUUUGAAGGAAAUCCUAACAUCGCCUGUAGGACAGUGGGCUGCAGAUCAGACUCUGAGUGUGGAUCCAACAAGGCUUGUGUCAACGGAAUCUGUAUCAACCCGUGUGUGGUCAGCGAUCCUUGUGGCAUCAACGCUGAGUGCUACCCAGUUGGAAGCCGUGCCGAAUGUCGCUGUUUCUCAGGUUACCGUGGCAACCCAUACGAACGGUGUGUUGUUGUGGGGUGCCGUAGCAACAGUGACUGUCCUGACGACCGAGCUUGCAUCAACGCCCAGUGUAUCAACCCAUGCGUGUACGAACAUCCUUGUGCAAGUCAGGCAGAAUGUCUAGUACACAACCAUCUGGCUCUAUGUCGCUGCCCGUCAGGAAUGGUCGGUAAUCCAUACACAACCUGUAGACCAGAAGUCGUCUCAGAGUGCAGAGUAGACGGAGAUUGCCCCUCAGUUUUGGCCUGUUUCAAUGGAAAGUGUAAAGAUCCAUGUGGUGUGUUGGAGCCUUGUAGCAGGCCCUCCAUUUGUCAAGCUACUAAUUCUCUGCCUGUACGCACCAUGAUUUGUAUGUGCCCCGAGGGAUUCAUCUCCAGUGGCUCAGGCAGUUGUAUGCCAGUCCAGCGCACUGACAUCGGGGGAUGUUCGGCUGAUUCUGAGUGUCCAUCUGACAAAGCUUGCCUCAAGGGUCUGUGUAGAGAUCCCUGUAAAUGUGGACCAAAUGCGGAGUGCAGAGUAAGAGACCACAAGCCUGUCUGCUCUUGCUUGCCAGGGUACGAUGGAAAUGCUCAACUCAACUGCAUCAAGACUGAAUGCCAUAGUGAUAGUGACUGUGCCGGUACCCACACCUGUGUCAACCGGCAGUGUGUGCCUGCUUGUGCGUCCGAUGGCAGCUCUUGUGGCACUGGAGCCAUCUGCUACGGUGUUCACCAUCGCGCAGUGUGCCAGUGUCAACCUGGACUGACAGGUGACGCCAACAUCGCUUGUGUUGUCAUCGGUUGUCGCGCAGACUCUGACUGUCCUAGUGACAGAGCCUGUAUCAACGCUUUGUGUGUGUCUCCUUGUGCAGAGAGCAACCCUUGCCAGAAGCCGGCUGAGUGUGUAGUUUAUGAUCACAAAGUCGAUUGUUCCUGCCCACCAGGAUAUGUCGGAGAUCUUGGCAUCGGCUGUGAGAAAGUGGAAGUGACCUGUGUAAGUGACAGUGACUGUCCCUCGCAGACAGCUUGUAUCAACUCUGACUGUGUGAACCCCUGCAACGCCACUGAGCCGUGCGGCCUCAACACUCGCUGCCAGGUGUACGACACUCCGGUGUGGCGCACUAUGGUGUGCGAGUGUCUGCCCGGCUAUCAGGGCAAUGCCGCCGUACGCUGCGACCUUGUGCCACAGUGUGCAGCAGACAAAGGCUACGUGGUAGACGAGGCAGGCAACUGUGUCUGCCCUCCAGGCACUGGACUCAACAACAACGACGAGUGUAUAAGGUGCUUGGAGGAACGAGGACAGAGAGUGGACGAGAGGGGACGCUGUGUAUGUGCUCUUGAGCGAGGAAUGAUCAUAGACGAGCGUGGAAACUGUGUCUGUCCCACAGAGUUUGGGUACAGAUUGCAAAAUGGAAACUGUGUCCCACCACCACCAACUCCUGAAUGUGAGACCAACUCAGACUGCCCAGACCACCGCUACUGUAACCAGGAGACAAAGAAGUGUGAGGACCCUUGUCUGACCAAACGCUGUGGAGUCAACGCUCUGUGUAACGCCACCAGACAUCAGGCUGUGUGUCAGUGUAUCUAUGACUAUGUGGGAGACCCAGAGGUCAUGUGCAACACAACAUCUCAUCUGAGGACAGAUUUCCCCCGCCCUGACAUGGUGGUCAGCUGUUUGUCCGACGGUGUACAAGUGGAGAUACACAUCACUGAGAAGGGCUUCAAUGGUGUACUCUAUGUCAAGGGUCACAGCAAGGACGAGCAAUGUCGUAGAGUCGUCACACUUCCCAUGGACUCACCUCCUCGGACAGAAAUAUUCAAAGUCACCUUUGGCACUUGUGGACUCAUACAUGUCAAUGGUCAAGCUAGUUUUGUACUGGUGAUACAGAAACACCCCAAGCUAGUUACGUACAAGGCGCAAGCAUAUCAUAUCAAGUGUGUCUACUCAACGGGAGAGCAGAACGUUACUCUGGGCUUCAACGUGUCCAUGUUGACAACAGCUGGCACCAUCGCCAACACCGGCCCUCCCCCCACCUGCUCCAUGCGCAUUGUCACUCAUACCGGACAAGAGAUCAACUCUGCUGAGAUAGGAGACAACCUUAUGCUGCAAGUUGAUGUGCAACCUUCAAGUAUUUACGGAGGGUUCGCACGCAGUUGCGUGGCCAAAACGAUGGAAGACAGCGUAGAAAAUGAGUACAUUGUGACAGAUGAGAACGGAUGCGCUACAGACCCGAGUAUAUUCAGUGAGUGGGACUACAACGCUGAGACUCAGUCUUUAUUGGCUGGCUUCAACGCCUUCAAGUUCCCUAGCAGUGACAACAUCCGCUUCCAAUGUAAUAUCCGAGUCUGCUUUGGAAAGUGUCAACCUGUAAACUGUAGAGGUUAUAAUGCCUUUGGCAAAAGAAGGAGGAGAGAAGUUGAUGGCCGUAACAACACGUCCGUGGAAGUGGCUGAAGCUGUCAGUGAAGGUCAACUUAGAGAAGAAAUCACAAUCCAAUCCAAUGCCAUCCUCACCUUUGAAAGGAGGGAGGAGCGAUACACUAGCCCGACAGAAGCUCCAGACAUACAAGAGGUUGAGCCCAUCUGUGUGUCUAUGAUCGGGUUCAUCAUUGCCCUGAUCAUGACGGCGCUGCUGGCCUUAGUGGCAGUGGCAGUCGCAGUGUCGUGCUGGCUCAUCGCGUACCGACGUCGACCCAAAGUGUCCGGACCACUGCCGCAUCCUCCAGAGUUCCCCAACCCUCUGUUCACUACCCCAGAGCCAGUCGCAGAGCCUUCACCAGAUUACCUCUCUUAAGAAACCAAAUUGUAGCCGAAGACGACUUCCUUAGGGAAGAGUGGCCACCUCAUCUCUCUAGUUAGUAAAACUCGACUGAUGCUGCGGCCAACAAAAAUGCGUGUCGGAUUGAAUCGAACAAACGACAAUUAGACUUAAGUCGAUCUGAGAUGCAUUUUACCGAUUGACAUCUCCUCCGUUGGCUUGAAUAACUUUUAACAAAGACUACAAAGGGGUGUUUUUCAUUUCUUUUUCGGUGAAGGCUAUUGUAAAUAGAACUUAGCUGUUGCUUGAUAAUUUACUUACAUUUUGUUUCACGCGAUUCUCCUUCACGUAACUUAUUUUUAAUUAUUGACUUUCUUUACAAUUCUUACAAUCAUGAGCCUUCGGAGGAUUUGUUUUAGAUAGUUAUGGUUUUAUAAAUAAUAUAAAUAAAUAAUUCCUAAUGUCAUGUAAUAUAGUCACGCGGUCUUAUGAUUAUGCGAGUGAAUGUGGUAUGUUUUUAGUUAGGAUUGAAUUUGUUAUUUUUUAUUUCGGUUCUAAUUACAAAUAUACAAGAUGAAUGAUGAGUGCAUCUGUGUUGAUAGUUAUAAAAAUAAUUGUUAAUUUUAUAUACAUACUGUGAUCGAUUUUUUUUAAACUAGACUGUACAAGGAAGUUUAGUUUGCCUAUUAUGUAAAUUAUAUUUAUAAACAACGUUGAAUCGGUUACAGUAUAAGACUGCCAAGCGUUUUAUAUUUAAUGUAGCUUAUAGCUCUAAUGUUGUUAGCAAUUUAAAAAUCAAAGUAAUUUAUUUUAUGGCAGCUGUUGCGGACAAGGAAAUGUGCUCUGAUGUGACGUUUUAGUUUAGUUGGUGUUCGUAAUCGUAGUUUUUGGUGCAAUCAAUGCAUCUUUGCCUAUUUCCUUUUUCCACUGCCAGUACAUAAAUGUGAAGUUUAUAGUCCUUUUUAAUAACUUCUAUCUAAAUUUAGCAAUAACAGUUAUAAAUAAAUUUGUUUAUAAAAAUGUGAUAAUUUGAAUAAUAAAAUAUAAUAAUAUUUAUUUA